CUCGCACCUCAGAAACGAUCGACGUCUUGGUUUCAGUCUCGGGGAUUAUGACUUGAAACAGUUUGAAAAUAGAUAUUUUUUAAAAGAAUAUACAUAUAUCUAUAUCUAAACGCACCACACGGUACAGAUAUAUGUAUACGUUCGCAGCCAUUUCGUUCGCUUAGAGUCCCGCACACACGCAAAUAUAUAUAGAACGUCGAAAGAAUAUCGCAAUUUCGACAAUUUAAAGAAGCGACCAAAGAGAGAUAAAUAUAUAUAGAAGUAUAUCAAGUGAAGAAGCAAAUCAAAGAAAGAGUGAUCGCGAGGUGUUCAAUUCUACAGUGCAGUUCAUUCUGCAACGAUUUGGUUGUCAUUUUAAAUGAUAUAUAGUGAUAUAUAACGCAGCAAAAUGCAACGACAAAAUCCGAACCCGUACCAGCAGCAAAACCAGCAGCACCAGCAGGUGCAGCAGUACUCCACCCAGGAGUAUUCGCACUCCAGCCAGGAGCAGCACCAGGAGCAAAGGAUUAGCCGCACCGAGCAGCACGUCCAGCGCAGCCAAGUCACCACCCAGCGGCAAGUGCAACAACAUCAUGGUGGCAGCAUCGGAGGCGCCUACGUGCCCCCUUCGCUGACACACGUGUACGCCCAGGGCGACAUCUCGCCGCCCGUCUUCGAGCAGAUCUUCAAGAACGCUCGCUUCGCCCAGGGCGGCAAUGCCCUGUUCGAGGGUCGCCUGCGUGGCAACCCGAAGCCAUUCGUGACCUGGACCCGGAAAGGCGCACCCCUUCUCGAGUCGCAGAAGUUCCGGAUGAGCUACAACGAGGCCACCGGUGAUGUGUCCCUGCUGAUCAAUCAGAUCGGACCCGGGGACGAGGGCGAGUACACGUGCACCGCCCGCAAUCAAUAUGGCGAGGCAAUCUGCAGCGUCUACAUCCAGCCGGAGGGAGCACCGAUGCCCGCCCUGCAGCCCAUCCAGAAUCUGGAGAAGAACAUCUACUCGAACGGAUAUUCGUAUACCUCCAUUGAGGAGGAGUUCCGUGUGGACACGUUCGAGUACAGGCUGCUCCGUGAGGUUUCCUUCCGUGAAGCCAUCACCCGUCGAUCUGGCUACGAGCAGGACUCCCAACUCUCCCAGGAGCUGGACCGCAACCAGGGUCCUGCACAGGCGCCACAAAUCUCGCAGAAGCCGCGUAGCUCCAAGCUGAUCGAGGGAUCCGAUGCCGUGUUUACCGCACGCGUAGGCUCCAACCCCAAGCCCCGGCUCACCUGGUUCCAUAAUGGUCAGCGUUUGGUGGCCUCGCAGAAGUACGAGAUCUCUUAUUCGAGUGGCGUGGCUACGCUACGCGUGAAGAACGCCACGGCUCGCGAUGGCGGCCAUUACACGCUGCUUGCCGAGAAUCUGCAGGGCUGCGUGGUUUCAUCCGCCGUGUUGGCCGUGGAACCGGCCGCGGAAACCGCCUACGAACCAAAGCAGGUGGACGUGGUUGCCGAGCAAUUGGAAGCCGGCAAAGCGUUGCCGCCAGCCUUUGUAAAGGCUUUCGGAGAUCGCGAGAUCACCGAGGGUCGCAUGACCAGGUUCGAUUGUCGCCUUACUGGCAAUCCCUACCCCGAGGUCUUUUGGCUUAUCAACGGCCGGCAAGUGCGCGACGAUGCCUCGCACAAGAUUCUAGUCAACGAAUCUGGCAGCCACUCGCUGAUGAUCACCAAUGUGACCCGAUUGGAUGCCGGAGCUGUCCAAUGUCUGGCCCGCAAUAAGGCUGGUGAAGUUGCCAUCGAGGCACAGUUAAACGUGUUGGAAAAGGAACAGGUUGUCGCACCACAAUUUGUCCAGCGUUUCAGCACCAUGACUGUGCGCGAAGGUGAGCCCAUCACCAUGAGUGCCAAUGCCAUUGGAACUCCGCAGCCACGUAUCACCUGGCAGAAGGACGGCGUCCAGAUCUCGUCCACCGCCGAGCGCUUUGUGGGCAUCGACGGAGGAGCCACCUGCCUGGAGAUUCCACGCGUCACUGCCAACGACGCUGGAUGGUACCAGUGCACCGCCCAGAACAUCGCUGGAUCCACGGCCAAUAGGGCCAGGCUGUAUGUCGAGGUUCCUAGGGAACAACCAAGUUACGAGCAGCGUCGUCUCAAUCUCCCGAGACCAACGAAAGUCAUCGAGCCAGAACCCAUUCCUGGCCCUGAAAUCAUCUACCUUCGCCAUGUGGAGCGUGCCAAGCCCCAUCUGCGCCCUGGUGAGGAGGAUCGCGUCUAUCCGCCGCCGCAGUUCAUCAUCCCGCUGCAGAAUGUGCAGCAGACCGAAGGUGGCCGUGUUCACAUGGAGGCCCGCAUCGAACCAGUUGGCGAUCCCACCAUGGUCGUCGAGUGGUACCUCAAUGGGCGUCCGCUCGCAGCCAGUGCCCGCGCUACAUCCGUUUUCAAGUUCGGCUUUAUCGCUCUGGACCUUCUGAGCAUUAUGGGCCACGACUCCGGCGAAUACAUGUGCCGCGUGAGCAACGCUAGCGGAGUGGCUGAAUCCCGCGCUAUUCUGUCCGUGGUGCAGCGCCCAUCCAUUGAGCAAUCUUCGCAGAACCCCAACAGUCUGCAGUACAUCAACCAGUUGGAGGACUACUCGCGCUACCAGCGCACAGAGAGCAUCGAUGAGCAGCUCAACCAGGCGCCCCAGUUCAUCCGCCCGCUCCGCGAUCUUGGUGAAUUUGAGGAGGGCAAGAACGUGCACUUUGAGGCUCAGGUUACACCUGUGAACGAUCCCUCCAUGAGAGUGGAAUGGUACAAGGACGGACUACCCAUCACGGCUAGCUCCCGCAUCACUGCCAUCUUCAACUUCGGCUAUGUCUCCCUAAACAUCUUGCACCUGAGAGCCGAAGAUGCUGGCACGUACACUGUGCGGGCAGUGAAUCGGAUUGGAGAAGCCAUCAGUCAGUCCUCUAUUCGUGUCCACUCACGUUCGCAAGUCACUGCUGAUCUGGGUAUACCCGAACAGCAGCGUUACAUUGAAAAGGUGGAGGAACUGGAGGAUUACCGAAAGUCCCAGCAGCGUCGUCAUGUCCAAGAGGCUGCCGAGGCUAUUGCCCCGCCCCAAUUCAAGACACCGAUCCAGAACCAGUUGGACCUGCGCGAGCACGCGCAUGCGCACUUCGAGGCAAGACUUGAACCCAUUGGAGAUUCAACCAUGCGGGUCGAGUGGCUGAAGGAUGGUCAGCCUCUGGAAGCCAGUUCCAGGAUCACCACCUACCAUAACUUCGGCUACGUGGCGCUGACCAUUAAGCAGCUGACCAUCUAUGAUGCCGGUACCUACACCUGCCGUGCCUACAAUGCCAUGGGUCAGGAUACCACCGUGGCCCAGCUUACGGUUAUCUCCAAGAACGAAAUCGUUUCGGAGUCACAGCACCCAGGUGGUCUGCAGAAGAUCCAGCAUCUCGAGGACUCGUCGCGCUACGGACGCCGCGAGGAGGAGGAGACCUACAUCACCCAGGCUCCCCGUUUCCUCGGCCCUCUUAAGGGAACCACCAAAAUCCUUGAGGGCCAGCGCGCUCACUUUGAGGCCCGUGUUGAGCCCCAGAGCGAUUUGGGACUGGUGAUCGAGUGGUACCACAACGGUCGCUCCAUCACCGCCGCAAAUCGCAUCCAGACGUACUACGAUUUCGGUUAUGUCGCCCUGGAUAUUUCCCAGGUGCGCGCUGAAGAUGCUGGCGUGUACCUCGUGGUGGCUAGGAACAAGCUAGGUGAAGCUCAGCAGCAAGCAACGAUGAUAGUGGAAACUCGUUCCAGUAUCGACACAUCUAGCAUGCACCGCGGCCUGUACGAGAAGACUCAAAACCUGGAAAACAAGCCGUUCGUGGAGCCUCAAUAUGACAUCGAAGAGAUCUCCAAGUCGAAGCCAGUGUUUGUUACCCCACUGAGUGAUCCAAAGCCCAUUCACGAUGGCAAGAACAUCCAUCUGGAAUGCCGUCUUGAGCCAAUGGGUGAUCCCACCAUGCGCGUCGAGUGGUUCCACAACGGUCGCCCCGUUACUGUGGGUUCUCGAUUCCGGACUUACUAUGACUUUGGUUUCGUGGCUUUGGAUAUUAUCAAGGCCACGGCCGCCGACUCUGGAGAAUAUACUGUGAGGGCCACCAACCACUUGGGUACGGCUCACACUUCAGCCUGCGUGCGUGUGAUCGACCACACGGACGUUGUGACCGAGACUCAGAACGAGCAAUCGCUGGAGCAGAUCCAAUUGCUCGAGGACUCAAGGCGCCGCCAUCACCAGGAGGAGGAUAUCACCAUCAUGCAAGCGCCCCAGUUUACCAGGGGCCUGCACAACAUUGAGACUAUUGAGGGUACCAACGUGCACUUGGAGUGCCGCCUGCAGCCCGUGGGAGAUCCCAGUAUGCGUAUCGAAUGGUUCGUAAAUGGAAAGCCUGUUAAGACAGGCCAUCGUUUCCGCCCCGCCUACGAAUUCGAUUACGUGGCUUUGGACCUGCUUGGCUGCUACGCCAUCGACUCGGGUGUUUAUACGUGCCAGGCCAGAAACCAAUUGGGUGAAGCCGUAACCUCGUGUUCCGUGCGAAUUAUCGCUAAGAAUGAUUUGAUUUUGGAGACCCAAAACGAGUCGGGUCUUCAGAAGAUCCAAUACUUGGAGGACUCGACACGUCAUCGUCGCAGCGAGUUCGUCGACGAGGUUGUGAACAUUCGUCCGCGGUUCCUCACCCACCCUAAAAGCUUGACCAACACCCGCGAGGGUGGUCACGCUCACUUUGAGUGCAAGAUCGAGCCGGUGACUGAUCCGAACCUGAAGGUGGAGUGGUUUAAGAACGGGCGUCCCAUCACCGUGGGCCACCGCUUCCGUCCCAUUCAUGACUUCGGUUACGUGGCCUUGGACAUUGUUCAUUUGAUAGCUGAGGACUCGGGUAUCUACACUUGCAGGGCCGUUAACCUGAUUGGCUCUGACGAAACCCAAGUGGAGCUGCAGUGCCGCAGUGGUGAGCAGAUUGUUACUGUCACCCAGAACGAGGCUGGGCUUGAGCAGAUCCACUACUUGGAGGAUCGCUCGCGCUACUCCCGACGUGAGGAAAUCGAUGAAAGCACCAAACAGGCUCCGGUGUUCACUACAUCACUGAAGAAUGUUGAGAUCAAGGAGAACCAGAGGGCCCACUUCGAAUGCCGUCUGAUUCCCGUUUCUGAUCCGUCAAUGCGCGUGGAAUGGUACCAUAACAAUCUUCCACUUAAGUCUGGUUCUCGUUUUACUGAGACCAAUAACUUCGGCUUUGUGGCCUUGGAUAUAAUGUCCACUCUGCCCGAAGAUGCCGGCACUUAUACCUGCCGUGCCUACAACGCUGUCGGUGAGGCUAUCACCUCUGCUGUAGCUGUUGUGCACACCAAGAAGUCCAUCUACCUGGAGUCCCAGCACGAAACCGCUCUGCCACGUCUGCAGCAUUUGGAGGAUGGCUCCAAGCGUCAGCGCAUCAGCGUCCAGGACGAAUUCGUGUCCCAGGCCCCCGUCUUUACCAUGCCGGUAAGGGAUGUCCGUGUGGCUGAAAACCAGGCGGUGCACUUUGAGGCACGCUUGAUUCCAGUGGGAGAUCCGAAAUUGAAGGUUGAGUGGCUGCGAAACGGUCAACCUAUUGAAGCCUCCAACCGCACUACCACCAUGCAUGAUUUUGGUUAUGUGGCGCUCAACAUGAAGUAUGUGAAUCCCGAAGACUCUGGAACCUACACCUGUCGGGCUGUCAACGACCUCGGCCAGGCGGUUACCUCUGCCUCGCUCAUUGUGCAAUCCAAGACUUCCAUUCAACUGGAGACCCAGCACGAGGCCGCUAUGCACAAGAUCCAUCAGCUGGAGGAUCACAGCAGGUACCAACGCAGGGAGGAGGAGGAGUACACGGUCACCACCGCCCCCGUAUUUGUCACCAAGCUGAUUGGACCCAGCAACCUGGUCGAGGGUCAAAGUGCCCACUACGAGUGCCGCAUCGAACCCUACCCAGAUCCCAACCUCAAGGUGGAGUGGUUCCACAAUGGAAAACCACUGAGCACUGGCCAUCGCUUCCGCACCACGUACGACUUUGGAUUUGCCGCCUUAGACAUCCUUACUGUCUAUGCUGAGGACAGCGGCGAGUACACUUGCCGAGUGACCAACAACCUGGGUGAAGCCAUCAACUCGAUUGUGCUUAACGUAACCUCACGCUCGUCCAUUAUUCAUGAGACUCAGCACGAGGAGGCCCUGACCAAGAUCCAGCAUCUGGAAGAUACUUCGCGAUUCCAGAGGAAAACCGACGAGGAGCAGUUCCAUGCCGAACGUCCGCAGUUCGGUCGCCCUCUGCGUAAUGCCAAGGUCAACGAGGGAACUCCCGUCCACCUGGAGGCCACCUUAAUUCCUGUGAAUGAUCCCACCAUGAAGGUGGAGUGGUACUGCAACGGAAGGCCCAUCCAGACUGGUCACCGCUUCAAGACCACCUACGAUUUUGGCUUCGUGGCGUUAGAUAUUCUGUAUGCCCAUGCCGAAGACACCGGCACCUACAUGUGCAAGGCCAAGAACGCUAUUGGAGAAGCUGUCACGACUUGUGCUGUAAACGUAACAGCAAACAAGACACUCGAUCUGGACACAUUAGAUGCUCAGCGUUUGGAGAAGAUUCGCCAACUGGAAACAUAUGCGCCUCCUCCUAAACCCGUCGUGGAGGAGAAGGGCCAGAAGCCCAUUUUCCUAACACCGCUAAGCAACCUAGAACACUUGAAGGAAGGCGAGCACGCCCAUUUGGAGUGCCGAGUGGAACCGAUCAACGACCCUAACCUGAAGAUUGAAUGGUUCUGCAAUGGCAAGCAGCUGCCUACUGGUCAUCGUUACCGCACAACCCACGACUUCGGUUACGUCGCUUUGGACAUUCUUUACGUCUAUGGCGAGGACACCGGCACCUACAUCUGUAAGGCCACCAAUCAGCUGGGUGAGGCGGUAAACACCUGCAAUGUGCGUGUACUGAACCGCCGCAGCAUGAUUCUGGAUACCCAGCAUCCCGAUGCUCUGGAAAAGAUUCAAAAGCUCGAGUCGAAGGUGCCGAAUGCCCGUACCGAGGUUGGAGACGCUCCGAUCAGUCCACCUCAUUUCACCGCCGAACUUCGCGGUUCCACCGAGAUCUAUGAGGGUCAGACCGCUCAUUUUGAGGCCCAGGUCGCUCCAGUCCACGAUCCUAACUUGCGCAUUGAGUUCUAUCACAAUGGAAAGCCUCUGCCGUCCGCUUCUCGUUUCCACAUCACCUUCGAUUUUGGAUACGUGUCUUUGGAUAUUACUCAUGCUGUGGCCGAGGACGCCGGAGAAUAUUCCGUCCGUGCUGUUAACGCUUUGGGCCAGGCUGUGUCCUCCACAAAUCUGCGCGUUAUUCCGCGUGGUACCAUCAUUUCGGACACCCAACAUCCCGAGGGACUGGAGAAGAUCCGCAAGCUGGAAUCGACUGCGCCACAUCAGCGCCAGGAGCCUGAGACCCCUGGCACUCGCCAGCGCCCAGUGUUCACUCAACCUCUUCAGAACAUCGACAGAAUCAAUGAACACCAGACGGCUCACUUCGAGGCACGCUUGAUCCCAGUGGGAGAUCCCAACCUGAAGGUGGAGUGGUACCGCAACGAAAAGAUCAUUGAAGAUAGCUCCCGUAUCACCAAGCAGCACGAUUUCGGUUUUGUGUCGCUCGAUAUCUCGCAUAUUCGCAAGGAGGAUGAGGGCGUGUACAUGUGCCGCGCCGUCAAUCCUCUGGGUGAGGCCGUAACCACCGCCUCCAUGCGUGUGGUAUCCGAGGCCAGCAUCCAAAUGGAUACUCAGCAUCCGGACAGUAUCAGUCGUAUCCAUCAACUGGAGAAACCACUUGCACCACGCCCCACCGAACCAGAGCGCCUGUUUGAGAAGCCCAUCUUCACUCAACUGCUCACUGGACCAUCGGAGCUGUGGGAGGGUGCUCAUGCACACUUCGAAGCGCGAGUUGUGCCUGUGGGAGAUCCUUCGCUGAAGUUUGAGUGGUUCAUCAAUGGCGUGGAGCUUCAAAUGGGCUCUCGCCUGCGCACCACGCACGACUUUGGUUUUGUCACCUUGGACAUUACUGCAGUGGUGCCAGAGGAUGCCGGUGUCUACAUGUGCCGUGCUUAUAACGCCGCUGGUGAGGCUGUGUCUUCUACAGCCAUGAAGGUUAAGACCAAGUCCAAUAUUGAUGGUCAGCCUUUGAUCCCGGAGUCUUGGGAGGCGAUUCGCCUUAAGGAGGCUGCCAUGAAUCGUGUACCAGAGAUGUUCGUUGACUCGACACCCCAACAGGCUCCGGUCUUCACAACUCAUCUGCAGAGCUACGACAAGCUGCACGAGGGUCAGCACGUCCUCUUGGAAGCUCAAGUGGAACCACGCGCGGAUCCCAACCUCCGCAUUGAAUGGUUUAAGAAUGGCAUUUCUCUAACCACUGGCUCCCGAAUUCGCAGUACUUUUGACUUUGGACUGGUUACACUGUCCGUCAAUGGAUUGCGUGCUGAUGACUCUGCUAUUUACACCUGCAAGGCCACCAACCAAGUUGGCGAAGCUGUGUCGACCUCGUCUCUUAAGAUCGAAGAUCGCCACUGGCUUCAGGCCGAGUCUUUGCAUCCAGAUUCGUUGCCUCGCAUUGGAGAGCUUGAGGCGCCCAAGGAGGGACGGCCAGAGGCACCAGAGCCAACAUACGAGACUCCUGUGUUUAUUACUCAUCUUAACAACAUUGAGUGCAAGGAGAGCGACAAUGUGCGCUUCGAGUGCAACGUGGAGCCGGCUCGUGAUCCAACCAUGUCCAUCGAGUGGUUCUACAAUGGACAACCGCUGCAGGCCGCUGCCAAAUUUAAGUCCAUCUACGACUUUGGCUACUGCGCUUUGGAUCUGACCAACUCUUAUGCUGAGAACAGCGGUAUCUACACCUGCAAGGCUACCAACAGCAAGGGAUCUGCCACCACCUCUGGCACUCUUAAGUGCACUGGUGGCAAGACCAUGUUCCUAGACACCCAGCAUCCGCAGGGAGAGGCUGGUCUCGAGGCUGUUCAGGAAACCGAGGAGGAGCUGGCCAAUCGCUACACCAGCAAAACGACAAAGCCCGAGACACAGUAUCCACCACCAGUUUGGACAAAGCCACUGCAGGCCGAGUUCCAUUUGUCGGAGGCUCAACCCAUCCAUUUGGAGGCCAACGUGGAGCCCAAGGAGGAUCCCAACCUGUUCAUCGAGUGGUACUUUAACGGCAAAAUGCUAAACCAUGGUUCUCGUUUCAAGAUGACCAGUGAAUUUGGAUUUGUUACCAUGGAUAUGAUCGAGGUUUAUGCGCGCGAUCAGGGUAUCUACACUUGCAAAGCGUAUAACAAGGCUGGAGAGGCCUUUACCUCUACCACCAUCUUCUGUUCAAGCAAGGAGAACAUCAUCGAAUCAACUCAGCACCCCAAGGGAGCCGAAGGCCUUGAGCAAAUCCAGGACCUUGAGGACUCCCUCCGCAAGGACGGCUCUAAGCCAGAACAGCCGGAUCUCGGCAUCCCACCACGCUUCACCACUGAAUUCGUUAAUAUUGCAGACAUUGGGGAGGGUGAAUUGGCGCACUUCGAGGCCAAUCUCAUCCCUGUGGGCGACCAGAGCAUGGUCAUAGAAUGGUUCUACAACGGCAAGGUUCUGGAAGCCAGCCAUCGCGUGCGUACCAUCUACGCUUUUGGCACGGUUGCCCUAGAGGUUCUGGGCACCAAGAUCGAGGACACCGGCACCUACACUUGCCGCGCGACCAACAAGCAUGGAACUGCUGAGAUAAGCUGCAGCCUGGAGUGCGUGGACAAACCGAGGGGCCAAAAGCCGCGCUUCACGUCCCACAUCCAGCCGCUGGAGGGCCUGAAGGACGGACAGUCCGCUCACUUCGAGUGCACUCUGAUCCCAGUCAACGAUCCGGAGCUGAAGGUGGAGUGGUAUCACAAUGGCAAGCUGAUGCGUCACUCCAACCGCAUCAAGACGGUGUCCGAUUUUGGAUACGUCGUAUUGGAUAUUUCCUAUCUGCAGGAUCAUGACAGUGGAGAGUACGUGUGCAGAGCCUGGAACAAGUAUGGUGAGGACUUUACCCGAACCACCCUCAAUUGUGGAGGCCGUGGCGGAGUGUUCUAUGAUAGCUUGCAGCCGGAUUCACUGCAGAGGAUCAGGGAACUCGAGUGCCCACAAGGACAACAGGCAGAUACUUCCGCUCCUCUGGUCGCUGAACCACCCAAGUUCAUCACCCAAAUCGUGGAUGUCACCAAGCUGGUGGAGGGACAAUCCGCUCAUUUCGAGGCACGUUUGACUCCAAUCACAGAUCCUGAUUUGGUGGUGGAAUGGUACUUUAACGGAAAGAAACUACCCCAUGGUCACCGCUUCCGCACCUUCCACGACUUCGGCAUUGUUAUCCUGGACAUUCUGUACUGCUACGAAGAGAACUCUGGUGUAUACGAGGCUAGGGCCUAUAACAAGUAUGGAGAGGACGUUACGAGGGCUUCGCUCAAGUGCGCCUCGAAGGCAAGCCUCAUUUUGGACUCCCAGCUGCCGCGAGGAAUGGAAGGCGGUUUGGAGAAGAUCGCCAACCUGGAGUACAGCAUGGUCCGCACUCGCGAAGAGACCACCGAAGAGACCAAGGGCAAGGCUCCCGUCUUUACUGUACCGCUGGAAAACAUCGAAAACCUGCGCGAAGGUGAAAAUGCCCACUUUGAGGCUAGGAUUACCCCGGCCGAUGACCCCAAACUGAAGGUCGAGUGGUACUGGAACGGACGUCCAUUGAAGGCCGGUUCUCGUUUCCGUACUUUCUGCGACUUUGGCUUUGUCAUUCUGGAGAUUUCUCCCGUGUAUCCCGAGGACUCCGGCGAGUACUCUUGCCGCGCAAUCAACGAGUAUGGUGAGGCGGUGACCACUGCCACCAUGAAGAUCCAGGGUAAGCGCAGCAUCAUCAUGGAAUCUCAGCUGCCCAAGGGCAUGGAGGGAACUAUCGAUCGCAUCGCCGAACUGGAGGGCUUGGGCUCCCGCAGCACAGAGUUUGUACCGGAUGAUGAUACUGGCAAGCCACCAGAGUUUAUCACCUCUCCCUUCGAUAUGGUUAUCGGCGAGAACGCCCUGGCUCACUUCGAAUGCCGUCUCCAGCCGAUCAAUGACCCAUCGAUGCGAGUGGAUUGGUUCCACAAUGGCAAGGCCUUGUGGGCUGGAUCCCGUAUCAAGACCAUCAAUGAUUUUGGCUUCGUAAUCCUCGAAAUCGCUGGUUGCUAUCAACGCGAUUCGGGAUUGUACACUUGCAAGGCCACAAACAAGCAUGGUGAGGCCACGGUCUCUUGCAAAUUACAGGUCAAGGGUCGCCAGGGCAUCGUUAUGGAGCCCCAGUUGCCCUCUAACUUCCGCACCGGCACUGAGAGUCUGCAGAAACUGGAGGAGACCAUGCAUAAGCGCGAGGAGCUUGUGACUGAAGAUGAGCAGCCUAACCCACCUAAAUUCACCGAGGACAUUAAGGACAAUUUGGAUGUUCCCGAGGGUGGACCAAUCCACUUUGACUGCCGCGUGGAGCCUGUCGGCGAUCCAACCAUGCGCAUUGAGUGGUUCUACAAUGGUCAUGUUAUGGCUACCGGAUCUAGGGUCCAUCAGCUCAACGACUUUGGCUUUAUUGCUUUAGAUGUGGACUACAUCUAUGCUAGGGAUUCAGGCGAGUAUACUUGUCGCGCAACCAACAAGUGGGGCACUGCCACCACCAGCGCAAAGGUCACUUGCAAGGGAAAGCACAAUAUUGUGUACGAGUCGCAGUUGCCAGAGGGCAUGACCUCCGAAAAGUUAAAGGAGCUGGAGCGAGGACGCAUCCCAGAAGCGCCCAAGGUGGUUGAGGAGCAGUUUGGACCACCAAAGUUCACCACACAGAUCACUUCUGUGAAUGUCGAUGAAGCCGAAGCCGUGCGAUUUGAGUGCCAGGUGGAACCCAAGACGGAUCCCAGCCUGCGCGUGGAAUGGUACCGAAAUGGCAAGCCAUUGCCUUCCGGACACCGGUAUAGAAAUAUCUUUGACAUGGGCUUUGUUUCCCUGGAUAUUCUGUACGUCUAUGGAGAGGACUCUGGAGAGUACGUGUGCCGUGCAAUUAACAACCAUGGCGAGGAUCGCACCAGAGCCACAGUGUCCUGCAAGAAACUUCCUACCAUCUUACUCCAGAACCAAGUGCCUCGUGGCAUGAAGCGUUCAGAUGCUCUCACCCAAAUGGAAGCUACCAUCAAGAAAUAUACAUCCGAAGUCCAUUUGACAGAGGAUGAUCUAUUCGAUCCCGAUCGCAAGCAACCUCCUCGCUUUGUCACGCAGAUUAAGGAGCAGCUUACUCUUACCGAGAUGGCAGUCACCAAAUUCGAAUGCCAGUUGGCUCCAGUGGGAGAUCCCAACAUGAAGGUUGAGUGGUUCUUCAAUGGCAAGCCAUUGCUGCACAAGAAUCGCUUCCAGCCCAUUUACGAUUUUGGUUAUGUGGCAAUGAACUUUGGCUGGGUUUAUCCCGAAGACAGUGGAGAGUACGUAUGCCGUGCCACCAACUUGUAUGGCAAGGACGAGACCCGUGCCUUCAUAAAAGUUUCUGGAAAGCCAGGAAUUGUCUACGAUUCCCAGCUGCCCGCUCACAUGCAGAGCAUUGACCGCAUCCGCGAAAUGGAAGCCUCAUGGCAGGUGGUGCCCGAUGAGGUUGAUCCCGAUGCCAAGCCCAGAACCAAGCCAGUCUUUGUGAGCAAACUGGAGCCCCAGACUGUGGAGGAGGGUGAUCCAGCUAGAUUCUGUGUUCGUGUCACUGGCCACCCACGUCCGAGGGUUAUGUGGCUGAUCAACGGCCACACUGUUGUCCAUGGCUCUCGUUACAAGCUGACCAACGAUGGUAUGUUCCAUCUGGAUGUCCCGAAGACACGUCAAUACGAUACUGGCAAGGUAGAGGUGAUUGCUCGCAACUCUGUGGGCGAAUCGAUUGCUACCACUGAACUCAAGGUUGUUGCACGAUCGGACGAUUAUCGUAACGUGCUGAAGAAUUCGCCACGUCCCUGGUACGAUUACGAACUAGCUGCCUAUCAGAAGGAGCGCCAGGAAAACGAGUUGGAAAAGGUAUUCGAUGAGCGUAAGCAGGUCCUUUCCGAACAGAGCACACACACCUUGAAGGGCGUGGAGCACCUGAAGCCCAAGCAAUACAAGCCAACCACUCCAGACUGGCAGCAAAAUGUCAAGGCCAAGAAGAGCGAGGAUUACUACAACAAGCUGCAGACUCUGGAAACUGAGCAGCUGCUGAAGGAGACCAACCUGCGAAGGGAUACCCAUCAGUACGCCAUUCCCGGAGAGAAGGUCGUGAGCAGUUCCCAGGCCAAGGGAAUGGCUCAGUCUUAUGAAGAAAAUCUUCAAGAGAAAACCAGCACUACUCAAGUGCAGGCUGCGCCACCCAAGGGUACUGCCCAACCAUCCGAAUCAUCCGUCCAUGGUCGCGAGGUUCAUAUGAACAAGCAGCAGCAAGUGCAGAAGGAGAUCCAGGGUGACCUUGAGAUUACCCGCAAGAUAACCGCCACCGAAACAACCGAGGUUGAGCAUAAGGGAACCAUUCAGGAGCGUGUCGUUCAGGGACCCGUGAAACCGUCCAAGGCUCCGGUCUUCACCAAGAAGAUCCAGCCGUGCCGCGUCUUUGAGAACGAGCAGGCCAAAUUUGAAGUGGAAUUCGACGGAGAGCCCAAUCCAACAGUUAAAUGGUACCGUGAGAGUUUCCCCAUUCAGAACUCUCCGGAUCUGCAGAUCCACACCUUUAGCGGCAAGUCGAUUCUGAUUAUCCGCCAGGUGUUCGUCGAGGACUCUGCGGUCUUCUCGUGUGUUGCCGAAAACCGUGGAGGCACUGCAAAGUGCAGUGCCAAUCUUGUGGUCGAGGAACGUCGUCGCGCCGGAAAGGGUGGCAUUCAGCCGCCUAGCUUUGUGACCACCAUUCAGAGCACCACCGUGGCCACCGGUCAGUUGGCUCGCUUCGAUGCCAAGGUUACGGGCACUCGCCCACUGGAUGUUUACUGGCUUAAGAACGGCAUGAAGAUUCAGCCUAGCAUCAAAUUCAAGAUGCUGGAGGAGGACAGUGUUCACACUCUGCUUAUUAUCGAACCGUUCGCCGAGGAUUCCGGUCGCUAUGAGUGUGUGGCCGUCAAUGCCGCUGGAGAGGCCCGCUGCGAUGGUGACUGCAUUGUCCAGUCGCCCAGCAAACCGGAGAAACCAACAACUCCGGGCAGCGAGAAGGCACCACACAUUGUGGAGCAGCUAAAGAGCCAGUCCGUGGAGGAGGGAAGCAAGGUUAUCUUCCGCUGUCGAGUGGAUGGCAAGCCCACUCCCACCGCCCGCUGGAUGCGUGGCGAGAACUUUGUGAAACCAUCACGCUACUUCCAGAUGAGCCGGCAAGGCGAGUACUACCAGCUGGUCAUCUCGGAGGCCUUCCCCGAGGACGAGGGCACCUACAAGUGUGUGGCUGAGAACAAGUUGGGCAGCAUUCAGACCAGCGCCCAGCUUAAGGUUCGCCCAAUCGAGAACCUAGACGCCCCGCCGACUAUCACAGCCCUUAAGGAUGUCUCCGUCACCGAGGGCAUGCCCGCUCAGUUCAAGACAACGGUGACCGGCAAAGUGAAAGCCACCAGUGUCCAAUGGUUCCGCGAGGGGCAGCUGAUUCCCGAAACCCCGGAUUUCCAGAUGAUCUUCGAUGGCAACAGCGCUGUACUCCUGAUUGGCACCACCUACGAGGAGGAUUCGGGCAUCUUUACUGUGCGCGUAACCUCGUCCACCGGCCAGGUCGAAUCCUCAGCCAAACUGACUGUUAAAAAACGACGCAUCUCGGCCUUUCAAUUGCGAACGAUUGAUUCCGCCGAGGAUGAGUCCUCUUCCUCUGGCCGGGAGGACAGUGCCCCCGAGUCGCCACACGCUUUCCAACCUGGCCAGCAACCCGGCCAGCAGUUUGGUCAAUUCCUGGGCGUCAACGGGCAGGGCCAGCAUCAGGGAAGGUCGCGGCAGAAGAAACCCAAGGUACGCAGCAAGUCCCUGCAGCCGGCUACAAAGGUGAUACCAUGGCGCAAGUCGUCGCGUCCCACUCGAGGACGUUCCCUGGACAAGGGUGUCUUCUUGCCAGGCUUCAAGCCUGAGCCUGUUAAGUCUUGGACUGAGGAGACUAUUAGCCUAAAGGCUACGCCGAUUGAAAAGAAGAAGCCCGCACCAAAGCUAGAGGCAGCUAAGGUUGUACUGAAGUCCAUCAAGACCGAACGUGAUCAGGGCAUCAUGAGUCUCGGCGCUACCCUGGAGCAGAUCAUUGCUGGAAAAACCGCAAAGGAAGCGAUUCCUUGGAUCACUAUGCGUGAAAAACUUAAGGCAGUCGAGAGUGUUCAGCAAGAGCUUAACAAAUUCGAUCUAGAUGAGGUCUAUCUGCAACCCCUUCAAGGCCAAAUUGAAACAGAUGGGCAGCUGCCACAGCAGGCUCAGGUGGAACAGGUGCAGCGCACCAAGGAAAUCCAGCGCCUGAAGAGCAUGGAAAGCCUUGAGAUUAUGGAGAUGACUGACCAGAUCGAUAAGCUUAUUACCCAGCAGCAAAACGCUAAAGAUCUCAUUCCCUGGAAGGAGAUGCGCCAGCAGCUCAAGAGUGUCCAACGGGUUACCAAGCAGAUUGACAAGUUCAAGAUUGAGGAAGUCGAGCUCCGUCACCUACAGGCUCAACAAGCCAUUACGGAGGAGUAUCAAACAGGAACAGCCGAGGAGACUGUCGUCAUGAUUGAUGAGAGCUCCAAGAGCUCGAUCUCUAAAGUAAUGCGUCGCGAUGAACUGCAGCAGUAUGAAGACCAGUCAAAUAUCUACAAGCAGCAGUUUAUCACCACUGAGGAUGUAAACAUUAUGCAUGUUUCGGAGCGCGAGAAGCUGGAAGCCCAGAGGUUGAUACGCGAACAGCAGGCUGUAAAUUGGCGCCAACAGCAACAGCGCCCUCAGUUGCAGCCCCUGACUUCAGUUGAGGAUACAGUAAUCUCUCAGACUUCCGAGAGACAAAAGUUGGUGCAACAGCAGAGCAUCAUCGAGGAGGCUCAGCGUCAGCAGUUUGUGCAGGUUGAGGACUCCCAGAUGAUGAGCCUGGAGCAGUAUGAGCACCAAAAGAUGAUAAACCAGCGCACCCAACAAGAAGCGUUUAGCUGGCGGCAGCCACGUGAACCCCAGAAGUUUAUUCAGGUGGAGGACUCCUCGCUGCUGCAUUUACAGGAACGUCAGGAUACGCAGGAACAGCAGCUGCUGCAACAACAGCCUGUAAUGUGGGAUCGUGGCAGAAAGAAGCCCGACCAACCGCAAUAUGUGCAGCCCCAUGCGGCGUCUGUUCAAGAAGAAUACGUGGAGAAGCCAAAAACGUAUGAGGAAAUGCACGACGAACUGGUUGAACCAACUCCGGUUCAACAACCUCAGCCGGUACUAGUUAUGUGGGAGCGAGGCAAGAAGAAACCCCAACCCCUGGAGAAGACCUUCGAGGAGGCGCAUGACGAGUUAGUUGAACCUACUCCUGUCCAGCAGCCGGAGCCCGUCCCAGUCAUGUGGGAACGCGGCAAGAAGAAGGUAGCUCAGCAGGAGUCUGUUUUAUCCCAGGAAAUGGUGCAAACUUCUCAGGUAGUCGAACAGCAAGUCGUUGAGGAAACAAAGAAAACUGCCGUUAGACGAGUGAUUCCACCAAGAGAGCCGGAGCAGAAGGUGGAACAGGUUACCUUGAAGCCAACACCCCGCCCACGUCCUAAGGAGGCUCUGAAGGCUGAGGAAAUCCAAUUGAAACCCUUGGAAAGCACCAGACCCGUACCACAACAAGCGGAGCCGGAACAGAAAGCCUACGAAGAAGCCACGGAUGAGUUGCCUGAAGAACCACUACCUCAAGUACAGGAUCAACCGCAGCCUGUCAUGUGGGAGCGAGGCAAAAAGAAGCCCCAACAACCCAAUGACCAAGUGCCCGAGAUUCCGAAAACUCUUGAGGUUGCAGUCGACACGCUUGAGGAGGAAGUGCCUAAGCCAACAGAACCGCAACCACAACCUGUUUUGUGGGCGCGUGGCCAGAAGAAACCUCAAAAGGCUGAUGAGCAAAAGCCGGAGCUUCCAAAGAGUCUGGAGAUUGCCGUCGACACUAUAGAGGAGGAUCUUAUCAAGCCCGUUCAACCUGAGCCACAACCUGUUUUUUGGGAACGCGGCAAGAAGAAGAAACCGCAACCUCAAGACGUAGUUGAGAAGAUGGAUGAAGCUCCGACCAAGACAUACGAAGAAGCAGUCGAUGUUUUAUCCGAGGAACCGAAGGUGGAGGAGAAGCCAGAGCCUGUCUUAUGGCAGCGUGGUAAGAAGAAGAUUCCCAAGCCGGAGUCCAUUGAAGAAGUGCAUCCUGAUGAGGUAGAUGCCCAAAUAGAGAAGGUAGUUAGGGAAGAUGUAGUUGUUGUCGAAGAAAAACGCCGAAUCAAGAAAGCCAAAAAGCCUAGGUCUACGAAAGAAGUAACCGAGGAGUUGUUUGAAGAACAGCCGGAAGAGGAAAUAGCUCCAGAAGAGGAAGUGCCGCAGGAAGAAGUGAUUGAAGAACUUGAGGAGAUUGUUGAAGAAAAACGUAAACUCAAGAAAAUUAAAAAACCUAAGCUAAAACAGGAGUUGACCGAAGAGGGAAAACCUGAUGAAGAGGUAAUCGAAGAGUCUCAGGAAGUGGUUCAAGAACAGGAAGAGAUUGUUGAAGAAAAGAAAAAGGUCAAGAAGGUUAAGAAACCCAAGACUGUCGCGGAGAAAGAACUCGAAGAAGAAAUCCCAGUGGAGGAGACUGUUGAAGAGGUAGAAACUUCUGAGGUUGUUGUUGAAGAGAGUAAAAAGGUUAAAAAGGUAAAGAAACCAACUCGAACCGUUGAAAAGACUGAUGUUGAGAAUCUGCCAGUAGAGGAAGUUCCAGAAGAUGAGCCCGUCGAGGAGCAGGAGGAGAUCGUUGCCCAAGAAGAAAUCCAGGAGCAAAAGCGAAAGGUCAAAAAGGCAAAGAAGCCCAAGAAGUCUAUAGAAAAGACCGAAGUUGAAGAAGACCAACCAGAAGAGGAUACUCCCCAAGAAGAAGUAAUUGAGGAGCAGGAAGAAAUAAUAGAAACUGUUCCCGAAGAACCCAAAACUGCGCCCGAAGAGGAAAAGGUUGAGCAAGUCGAAAAGAUUUCACUGAAACCUGCACCAAGAAAACAACGUCCUCUGCCCGAAAAAGAACAAGUGGAGGAGGUCGUGCUUAAACCCGUGAAAAAGAUUGCUGCUGUCUCGGAACCAGAACAACCCGAAACACCUGAAACCGAAUUUGAGGUGAAAGAGUUUGUCAUCACCACUCAAGAGGAUAUAGUGGAUGUAACAAAGAAGCGAGUUAAAAAGAAAAAGCCAAAAACCAAGGUUGCCGCCGAAGAAUCAACUGAAGAACCGGCUGAAGAAACUGAAGAGUUUGAAGAAGAGGAUACACAGCCGGAAGAAGUGCAACCAGUUGAGGAAGUUCCGGAGGAGCAACCAGUAGCGGAAGUUGUUGACGAACCAAAAACGGCACCCAAGCCGAAGCCCAGAAAAGAAGAAAUCAUCGAAAAGGUUGAAGAAGUUGCUCUUAAGCGUGUUACUCGGCCAAAGAAAGAGCUACCUCAAGAGGCGACUAUCGAGGAAGUGCGAUUGAAGCCUACUCAACGCACUUCUAUCAAGCCCGAGGAAGUCAAACUAGAGGAAGUGGACUUGCAGCAUGUGGAGAAAAAAGAAGAUGAAAUCGUUCAGGAAGAGAAACGAAAGACCCGGAAGGUUAAGAAGCCGAAACACGAAGACCUGCCGGAAAUUCCCGAUGCUGAGCCAACGCAACUGGAAGAGGCUGAACACAUUGAUCUUGAGAAGCAGCCAAAGCCUGAAGAAGACCAGCCUCAGGUGCCAUGGAAGAGAGGUGAAAAGAAACAGCCUGUUGAGGAAGUCAUGGAGGAAAAGAAAUGGCCAUCUGGCAAACGCCGUCCACUGCCUGAACAGCAGCCGGAGGAAGUUCAAUUAAAGCCAAUUCCAUCUAAGCCAAUUGAAGAACCGAAAAAGCCAGAAAAGGCCAUACCUGGUCCGAAACUUGUGCCAGAAGAAAAACCGGAAAGCGAAGAGGAGGAACUGGAACUUGAACCGCUUAAGCUGCCUGAAGAUAAGCAGGUAAAAGAGCCUAAGGCUAAGAAGGAGAAGAAGCCCAAGCUGAGAAAGGCCACACCAUCCGUAGAUGAGGUGUCCGAGGAAGUGGCUGAGCCCUUCGACGAGCCCAUUGCGGAGGAAGAUGAAGUGGAAGAGAUGCCAGUGGACGAUGUCAAGGUCGUAGCAGUGUCGGAAGACGUGCUGCCUGAAGAGGAAGUUGUGCCCACAGAGGAGACUCCUGAGGCAAAGCAGAAGGCGCACAAGAAGCGCACGAAGCGACUAAAGGAAGCCUCCGUGGAAGGUCAACCUCAGCUGCUGGAAGCGGCCAUUGCUGAAAUCGAAAAGGUGGAUGAAAUAUCCCAGGAGAUCUCACAAAAGACUAUAACCCUACUCAAGAAGACUGAAGACACAAGACCUCAAUUCAUAACGACUGAACAGCUUAUUGAGCUGGAUGUGGAGGACGUACGACGCGACCUGGAAAUGAAGGUCACAUCGAACAUCAUUAAGAAGGAGAAGCGUCGAGUGGUGCUGGACGACAGUCAACCGUUGCCUGAGCUGGAGCUGAUUACUCAGAAACGAAUCCAAGAGGGCAUCGACAAGUUGGCCGAUGAGGAGCUCAUUGAGGACCAGCAGCUUACCCAAAACCAGCAGGAGACGACUACCUCUGAGGUAAUCGGUCAGGAGCGCAGGCUUGUCAAGAAGAAGAAGAAGGAGAUUAAGCCUCCCAGGAUCACCGAGAAAUUGCGCCCACGCCAAUGCGUUCCCGAGGAACCCACCGUGCUAGAGUGCAAAGUGGAAGGAGUUCCAUUCCCGGAAAUCAAAUGGUACUUCAACGAUAUUCUCCUUUUUGCCUCUGAGAAGUACGAGAUCACUGUCAUGGAGCAAGUGGCGAAGCUUAAGAUUGCCAAGGUUACUCCCAGUGAUGUCGGCGUCUACACAUGCGAGGCCAAGAACGAGGCUGGAGUGGCAACAAGUCGUACCAACAUUAUUUUAGAAAAAGAACAAGGAGUGCCCCCACAGUUUACAAAACCACUUAAGAUUGAGUUUUCUGAGGAGAAGCAACCCGAGCUGCUUAAGGUUACGGUGACUUGUCAAGUGACAGGAAAGCCAAGUCCUCAGGUCAAAUGGUAUAGAGGAAUUGAAGAAGUUAUACCCAGCGAAACAGUUCAAAUGUUCUAUGACGAAAAAACCGGCGAUGUGGCCCUGGAGGUUAUCAACCCGACACCCAAUGAAGCAGUUGUCUACUCUGUGCAGGCGCAGAAUCAGUUUGGACGCGCCAUUGGCAAUGCGAAUAUCUUAAGUCGGGUCGAUGAAGUUCCCCGGGAGAUACUGAAGGCUCCUACCGUAACUCCACUGAAUGCUGUUGUUGUACCCACUGGUGGUACACUCUUCUUUGAAGCGAAAUACGAUGGCCUGCCUAGGCCGGAAAUAAAAUGGAUGCGCAAUGGUCGCGAGGUUAUCGAGAAUGAGGAGACCAUCAUAGAAACUACAGAGACAACCACCACAAUAAAAGUGGUCAAUAUGACUCGCAAACGUACUGGCAAAUAUGAAGUGUGGGCAAAGAACAAGGUGGGUGAAGCCAAGUCCUCUGGAUCAGUGGUGGUUUCAGAUCAAAAGCCCGACGAGCAAAUUAGGCCACCAAGGUUUAUUCAGCCCCUGGAGCCCAAAUACUUUGGCGAGCACGAAGUGGCCAUUAUCGAAGCGAUUGUGGACUCUGAGCCUUUAUCGUCCUUCCAAUGGUUUGUGCACAACGAGCCAAUUAAGAGUUCAAACGAAGUGCGUAUCGUUAGCCAGGCCAACAAGUCAACGUUGCUGAUUGAAAAUUUCCAAAGCAAGUUUGUUGGGCCUUUUACUUGCCGCGCCGAGAAUGUUGGUGGAUCGGUAACGUCAACAGCCACCGUUAACCUACUUGAAUCUUUGCCACAAGAGGUGGCCGAAGAAUUUGAGUCGCCGCGCUUUGUUGAGGAACUCAUUCAACCCGUGGAGGUUAUGGAUGGCGAGGCAUUGCUGCUGACCUGUCAAGUAACAGGAAAGCCCACUCCAAAGGUGGAGUGGUACCACAAUGCGGAGAAGAUCACUGAGAACAAGGAAACUACAAUAUCGCAAGACUUGCAAGGCGUUUGCCAGCUGCAGAUUACGGAAGUUUUCCCCGAAAACGAGGGCCAAUACGAGUGCGUGGCUACAAAUAAAAUUGGCAAGAGCGUUAGCAAGACAAACGUUAAAAUACAAGCAUUUGAAUAUAUCCCCGAUUCUGAAAUCACUGGACUCACAGGAUCUGAGGAGGAUCUACUUGAUAGAACCCUCUCAAUCGACGAACAAGCUCCGAAAAUUAUUAAAAAACUACCGGAGAAAAUCGAGCCAAAAGAAGGCGAGCAAGCGAAGCUGGAGGUUAAGGUCGUUGGAAAACCGAAACCGAAGGUCAAAUGGCUGCGAGACGACGAGCAGAUAUUCGCCUCCGAGGAAUAUCAGAUCGAAAAUUUCGAAGACGGCACCUCAGUGUUGGUCAUUAACCACGUUUAUCCCGAUGAUUUGGGAACAAUUAGUUUCGAAGCAUACAAUCCACUCGGUGUGGCAGUGACUACGGCGCUCUUCGCGGUCGAAGGCAUCGUUGGUUCGAAGGAUUACCGCAAGCCGGAAUGGGUGUCUCAAAUGGAGGAGAUGCAGGUGGCUCUCAAAGCUGCUAAAUGCUCGCCUUCACUACUAAACGAAAUGCGUGACUGCCGUGCUGCCUUAGGCGAAACAGCCAAAUUCUCGAUACAGUUUGCUGGCAAUCCGAUACCAGAUAUUCAGUGGUAUUUCAACAACGUUCAGCUUAGGGCAUCCGAAAAGUAUCGCAUGGUAGUGCAGGAACAGGAAGCUACGCUAGAAAUAUUAAAAAUUACAAACGAGGACUGCGGUUACUAUAACUGCAAGCUUAUCAAUGAAAUUGGCAUGACGAUGACUCGGGCCAAGUUCGACAUAUCAUCCACGAGCACCAUAGUGGAAGAAACCAAGGCCAAGACUACCGUCAAAAAAAAGUUUGGCAAAAAAACCAUGGUAAAAAGAUCCGGCACAUCAGAGUCCCAGAACGUGCAAAAGACAGAAAUCCGUAUUAUUCCAACUAGCACGGUAGAAACUAGCGUGAAUGUGAUCAAGGUGAAACAACCCAUAUCCAUACUCGUAGAAAAGAGCGAAAUAUCCGAGGUUUUAGAUGUGAAAGAUCGUGAAGUUGCCGAUGCCGAAAAGCGUAGCAGCCAAUUAAUCGAAGAAAUAGAAGAGGAGAAAGAGAUUGAGGAGAAAGUACAGCAUGACGAAGAGGAUGAAGUUGAGGUGAAAGUAGAGCAGAAGGAAACAUAUACGUCUAGCAAAAAAAUUGAGAUAACUAAAACUGUGGAGCUUAUACGCACAAAAAUUAGCGAAAAAAUCAUAACAAUAGAAGAUAUUCAAGUCCUUUCGCACCACGAGGAGGUACAAUGGCUGCUCGAGUCCAUAGAGGCCGAGUCUUUUGGCCAAAUUGGCGAGUCAGCCCUUAGAGAUUUGGCAACUAUUGGUCUGCUUUUGCGUUAUGGCUGUGAGCACUACGAAAUCACAUAUAUGUAUGAGCAAAACAUAUUUAUUUCGCUGAAGAAACCAGAGUCCCAAUCGGCCCUGGUGCAGCUCGUCGAACGAGAGGGCCAUGAAGAACUAAUCUCCCAAAUACUAAGCGAGUCUUCCAAUGAGGACGAGACCAUCCUAGCAGCAACUGUCGGCUUCAAGGCCUUCAUACGCAUGAUUCAGACUUACGAAAUCACUAUUGAGAUCGUCAUACGAAAGUUUGUUAGGGAGGACUUCAUAUCACAGGACUGGAAGAUAUGUGGAAAGGAGAGAAUAGUAGAGACUUCGCAGAUAAUUGAAAGUCACGAGGCAAUCACACAUGUGAAAAUAGAGGAAACAUUUGUCGAGGAACGAACGAUAAUUGUCCAAGAAGAAACAGCAACCACUAAAGUGGAAAAACAAUUCAAAAACCAAGAACCAGAACAUGUGCAAAAUGUAGAACAACAACAAGAACAAGUGGAAAUUCAGGCUCAGACUAAACAAAUUGUGCAAAUGAACACUAAAAUCAAAAAGCAUAGAAAACACAUACGACAAGAACAGGAUGUUUCGGAGUCAACAAUUCAAUUCGAACAAAAAGAAAGACUGGCUCACGAAACUAGCGCGGGUUCACCACAGGCAGAAACUCUUGAGCAAAUUGAAGAGUCUCUCCCCACAUACGAAACACUACCCAUACAAAAUCUUUCUACAGACACUCUUGAAACCGUUGCAGUUGCAGUCACCACAGAACUUUCUACUCCAAGCCCAAUUGCGGCUCGGGUACUGGAGGAUUUAUUACCUCAAAAGGUAUUGGCCAUCAAAGAGGAGGUUUUACCACUCGAUGAGUUUGGCUUGCGAAAAGAAUCUCCCAGACCCGAAGAAAACAAGCUUACCGAAAAUAUGGAAGUAAGGCUAAUGCAUGCUCUUAAUGUGUCUCAAGCAAAGACGGCUGAGUCUCCAAGGGAAUUGCCUUCAAAAAUACCGAAAUCCGUUAAAGCUCAGCGGAAGAUGAGAGAGUCACGUUCUUUGGUAGUUGAAGCUCUGAACGCCGAAGAAGCAAUCGAGGAUCUAAAGCAACUGAAGACCGUUUCACAAAAGGUACAUGGCGACAUAUUAUUUUCUCAUGAGAUAACCGAGGAACAGCCCCAUGCACUGGAGACCAUUAAGAAGCUAAAGCCCACCACUGCCAUUGAGGACACCGUUCAGCAGAAACUACUGAACCAGGACGAGCUUAUUAUCGCGGAGGUCAUAGCCUCCGAAACUGUUGGGGGUGUCAUUGAUGAUAGGCCACCGGGUGAAAACAUUUCCCCUCGAGUUACCCCCAACAUGAGCCUUUGCAUUACCGAGUGCCAACCAGAGGAUUCUUUAGGAGAGAUGCAUCAAGCUGCUAAGGGUCGUCUGGAGACAUCUUCGACGUCGGUAACUGAAUCCAAAGCAGUUGGUGGACAGGAACUUGACGUUUUUGAGAGCGUGGACCAUUUCCCAUUUAUAACUCAGCCGACCAAGGGCUUGGCUAAUUCUACCCUUAAAGCCGAGGAUGUUUCAGUUCAGGUGCAAGAAAUUACAACAUUUGAGAGUUUGGAAAGAGAAGCGGUUACCCAGAAACGGGCUGCCGAAAGUAAUGCAAUGGAAUUGUUCGAGUUAGCUGAGGGUUUAGUCAGUAUCACUGCAGAUUCGCAUAGUCCAAUAGCCGAGGAUUUGCCUAUUUUUGAGAAAGCUGUAAAAGAAGCCACUAUAGAUAUGCAAACGCAGCACCACGUCACAACUCUCGAGACUGUUUCAAAUGAAAAUGCAGUAAAUGACUUAAAAGCUGGUGAUAUUCCGAAAAUGGCUGAGGGCACGUUGGGGCAAUCUAGUGCGUUAACUAUUGGGGAAACGCAACAGAUGAACUUUGUAGAAACGGCAGUUGAACUCAUCGAACCAAAUGUUGAAUCAACAAAACCAGCUAAAGGCGCAUUAACAGAGGCAUAUGGUACCGCCGAGAGUAAAGAAGAAACCCUCCUCGAAUCACUCGGUUUGGUACCAGACGACAACCGCAAGAUUGCACAAGGUAAAGUGAAUAUUAGUGAAGGGGAGUAUGUGGCAAAAGUUCAGACCACGACAGUGACUGACACAGAGGAAGAAAUUAUUUCCGUAGCUCCAAAACUCGUGGAUGCCAAAUUCGAUUUCAUUGAGCAAUCUGCGUUGGAGAUUAAACAGAACACAACAGCGGAAAAGGAGGAGAAUCUAUUUUCCGAUAAAGAACUGUCACCACAAUUAGCUAUUACAAAUAUGUUCCCUGCUGAGCUAAAGGUUACAAGCAUAUACGAAGUUCAACCAGGAGUGACAUUGAGUGAUAUUAUCACGGAGGAAACGAAGCCUGCAUCUGCAAAUCAAGUCUUUGAGACGAUGUCGAUUGGAGUUGCUAGUAAGCCAGAUAUGUUAGAGAGUAUUAGUCACAUUGAUGCCUUUCAACAUCCUGAGCUCAAAACGGGGGCCACAAUUCUGGAUGAAAACCAACAACCUUUAGAAUUAACCAACGUGCAUAUAUCCGAGACAAUUACGGAUAUUACUGAUGUCUUUCCUAUUCAAAAGCCUACCAAUGCCGAAGCUGUCACCGAUACGUUUAAAUAUGCUGAGGGCUUAAUUGUAAUUUCGAUGGAGUCGACAAGCGACAAAGCCGAAGACACCAAACCGACGGCGGUAAUUGCAGAUAUAAGCAUGCAACAACAAUUUGGAACAGUUGUUAGAGAACAGGAGCCCCUAGAAAGCACUGAAACUCAGAAGGAGGAUCUAAAGCCUCAGAUGCAAACAACAGAAAGCGAGUUUGGUUUGCUGCAAUCUCUGGAAACCAGCUCAUGUGUAACUUUAGAGGGAGAAAGCAUUCUAUCAGUUAAAGAGCCCCAUCCUAUUCAAAGCGCUGCUAUUGGAACCUCGUCAGCUCUGAAAGUGGCUAACAUUAUGAGGCCCCAGCACUUGGAAACUUUGGAGGGGCUAGAUGAACAGAAGGUGCCUUUGUAUCAGGCAGAUAUUAAUAUUGGGGAAAUCACUUUACCAAACGUUGAAAAAAUCGCUUCGUUUGAUGUCCUAAGUGAUUUGCAUACACCAGGUUACACAAAAUCAUCUGUAAGUGGAGUACAGUUAAUUGAAAGCACAACAUCUUUAAAAACGACAACAGCGGUUGUAAGUGAAAGAACAGAAGAAUUAAAGGACCUAAAGCUUUUCCAGCCAGUUCAUAUUAAGCCCAGGCCUUAUGAGUCUGAACAGAAAAUCUUUACUUCCGAGGAGACAAAUGUUUUGGAACAUGCUUCGAGCUUUAACACGGAAUUACCCAAAUUGGAAGCAAUUCAAACUUCAAUUAAAAGUUUGCACGAGAUAAAUGUCAGAGAGACAGAUAUUUUAGAGAAAGAGGAAUCCCUUAAAGAUAUUGCUCAAAUAAGUGGCCAUCUGGUUAAAAUUGUAUUGGACUCCACGGCGGGCAUCGCACAAGUUCGACAAGAAGAAACACUAGAGCAAGAGGAGGAUCUUAAAGUUCCCUCAUUACUAUCGGAAAAGGCAAUACCUGCUUCUUCAGAGUUACUUCGGUUGCCUUUAACUGAAUACGUGCAAGCACAACAAGGUAUCGGUGAUAUGGUGGACUUCAAAGUUUCAAACAAAUGUGCAUCUCCUAAAAUUGAUCAUUUAUAUGAAACAAAGUCAUCUGAAACGAUUGUGUACGACUCCUCUACAAAAUCAGUUGAUUCUUCGUUCCCAGCUGGCAUAGUGCCUCAAAAAUCUCUGGUUCCCUAUCGGCAUACAAUGAUGGCAGAAAACAUUGCUUUUGAUGCAUCUGAAAAUUUGGAAAUCCUAUCUGCCGAUCAACAAAUCGCAACAAAUGUGCAGGAUAGGCUAAGUCAAUCGAUAAUCGCAGAGGAUCAAAGUACCUUCGAGUCUGAACAAAAUCUGGGUCUCGAAACUACCCCCACCCAAAAAGCCAAACUUCUAAAGGAUGAUCGAAAUGUCCAUGCAACACUCGUGGACGAAGCCACAGUAUAUGAAGCCAUGGGACAGGAACAAAAAGUAGAUAAAUAUAACAUACAGCAAGCGGAGAUCUCUCAAGAUCUACCUCAUGUUUAUUUAACUGAUCUGCAACAAGCUUUUGAAGCAGAAAAAGAACUAAAAAGCCGUGAGCAAUCUUAUGUAGCAGCAACAACAGAUAUUAUUCCAUCGCGGCUUGGUUUAGCCAUGACUACAAAGACGCACCCUGCUGAAGGAACUGAUGUUCUGUUAAGUUUGCCUCCAAACGCAACGCUUGCGCAGACAAACUAUGAAGAAACAAAACAUGAAGUACAUGUCAGCGAAACCCAAGCGAUGGAGAAAUCCGAAGAACUUACAGAUGCACGUUUGCUUUCUAUAUCCGCUGUCGAGUCGAUUGACAUUAUGUUUAAGGUGAUAUCAGAUUCUCAUCAACCACCAGUUUUCCAUAAGGAGUUAUCAAUAACGACUGUAUCUCCUUUGGAGGCCAAAGCAAAAUCAUCUUUGAAUCUACUUCAAGGCGCCACCACACUCGAUGUCAUUCCUUUAGAAUCAUCCGUACAUAUUAAGGAUACUCAUUUCGCUGUGCAAAAGGCGCAAGAGGAAUAUGUCACUCAGGUGGAGUCAAAUAAAGUUCAAGUUCAAUUGGAUAACCUAGUUAUGCAUAAGGAAGAUAUUUUUGAAAAAGCCGAAAUGGAGAAUAUUGCUAAGCCAAUUACUGAAGGCACGCAGAAGGAAACAGUUGUUACUGAAGUGGUGCCAAUAGAUAAUGUGGGUGGUAUUCAUUUAGCCCCAGAGCCGUCUACAUUUUUAGCCACCUUCACAUCUACCGAUACAAUCAAACAAUCGCACAUUAUAGAUGCACAAGUUCCUUUAGAAAUGGAAGGUGAAGUUAAAGCUGUAUACGACAACAUUGCUCAAGCCAAGGUCAAAUCAGCUGAUGUCCAAGUACAUACAAACGUGUCUGAAGUCAAUGCUUACGAACAAACUAAAGCCAUUCAAGAUCAAAACAAGGAAGGCUUAUUUGUUACAGUAUCAACGGAUUCUGAUAUAAGCAAUGCCCAUUUGACAACAAUACACUCGACAUUCUUAAAAGAGGACAUCCUACCCAAACCUAACAUUCUUCAGGAUACAGCUGAAGCUGCUAAUGUUGAACUUCAAUCUUUGGUAACCGAGGAAGUUGUAAGCGAAAGGUCUAUCCAAGAAACAUAUGAACUUCAAAUUCCAAUGGAAGAAACAGCUAACGUUACUCAGCAAACUCCACAAAACUCAGUAAAUGUUUGUCAGCAACUUGCUUAUGAACAAACUCCUGAUAUAGCGUUUGAGCCGCACGUAUUAACGCGUGCAACCUCUAGCUCUGUAAAGACAGAUCUUGAGCCAGCCGAAAACGAAACCGUUUAUAUUUAUGAAAACAUUGAAGGGCAUGGUGAUUUUAUGCCGGAUACCGCAAACCUCACUUCAAAUUUGGAAUCAGAAUUGGUAGUUUCGAUAGUGGAAGAGGUGACUUCGGUACCAUCUUUGGGUAGCCUUGCAACGGUCGAACCACAAGAGCUAAAAUCAGUGUCAGUUACAAAAUUAUUUAAAAACUUGACGUACACCGAGGAAAUUGCCUUUGGAGGUUUUAGCCCACAUGCACAGGUUACUGAAGAAGAAGAUAAAUUAAUUAACACUCAGGGAGAAGCAGAAGAAUACUUUGAAAAUAAAACUUCAGCCACAACAGAACAACCCACCAAGUGUAUUGCAGCAUCCAGUCAGAUUUGUACAAAGCCAACCAUAACAGAAGGAACCUUAGAAAAUGCUUUACAAACAUCACAAUUUGCGUCAGAGUCGAUUCUUGAAAUUUCACCACUGAUUUCCCAAAAUGCACACUUUGAAACAAGAACACACGAAGAAGCAUAUUCAAUGACCACUGAGUCACAAGCACCAAAACACGCUUUAGGAGAUGACAUUGAUAGUACUCAAAAGAGAAAAAUGCAGGAUGUUCUAAAGUUUAAAAAUUUUGCGACAGACCAAAUGGUAAAAGUCGAAAAGGAUACAAAUCAAACCACAGACACAACACACAUAAAACAAAUAACACCAACACAAAUAUUAGAAUCCAGCUCGAAUCAAAUCACAGAAUCGCCAGAAAUUAUAAAAACUAUUGAAACAAUAUCAGAAGACGGCUCCCCGAAAAAAAAAAUGAUUCGAACUCGUUUAAUAAAAAAGGUCAAAGGCAAUAAACAAGAAGUCACCAAGAUUGAAACUGUCGAGGAGGAUAACAAGCAACCCGAGACAACAGUCACUGUUGAAGAACUUCCGUUUGAAGAAGAGAAACCUAAAGAGAUUCAAGAACUUCCGGAGGAGGUUCGCAUAGUCGAAACCGUAACGGAAGAUGGCAAGCCUAAGAAGAAGAAGAUCCGCACUCGCAUUAUCAAGAAGGUCAAGGGUGACAAGCAAGAAGUCACCAAGAUUGAAACUGUCGAAGAGGACGACAAGCAACCCGAAACAACGGUCACUGUUGAGGAACUUUCGUUCGAAGAAGAGAAGCCUGAAGAAAUUCAAGAGCUUCCAGAGGAGGUUCGCGUCGUUGAAACCAUUACGGAAGAUGGCAAGCCUAAGAAGAAGAAGAUCCGCACUCGCGUUAUCAAGAAGGUCAAGGGUGACAAGCAAGAAGUCACCAAGAUUGAAACUGUCGAAGAGGACGACAAGCAACCCGAAACAACGGUCACCGUUGAGGAACUUCCGUUUGAAGAAGAGAAGCCUGAAGAAAUUCAAGAGCUUCCGGAGGAGGUUCGCGUAGUCGAAACCGUAACGGAAGAUGGCAAGCCUAAGAAGAAGAAGAUCCGCACUCGCGUUAUCAAGAAGGUCAAGGGUGACAAGCAAGAAGUCACCAAGAUUGAAACUGUCGAGGAGGACGACAAGCAACCCGAAAUAACGGUCACCAUUGAAGAACUUCCGUUUGAAGAAGAGAAGCCUGAAGAAAUUCAAGAGCUUCCAGAGGAGGUUCGCGUAGUCGAAACCGUAACGGAAGAUGGCAAGCCUAAGAAGAAGAAGAUCCGCACUCGCGUUAUCAAGAAGGUCAAGGGUGACAAGCAAGAAGUCACCAAGAUUGAAACUGUCGAGGAGGACGACAAGCAACCCGAAAUAACGGUCACCAUUGAAGAACUUCCGUUUGAAGAAGAGAAGCCUGAAGAAAUUCAAGAGCUUCCAGAGGAGGUUCGCGUAGUCGAAACCGUAACUGAAGAUGGCCAACCUAAGAAGAAGAAGAUCCGCACUCGCGUUAUCAAGAAAGUCAAGGGUGACAAGCAGGAAGUUACCAAGAUUGAAACUGUCGAGGAAGACGACAAGCAACCCGAGACAACGGUUACUGUUGAAGAACUUCCGUUCGAAGAAGAGAAGCCUGAAGAAAUUCAAGAGCUUCCAGAGGAGGUUCGCGUCGUUGAAACCAUUACGGAAGAUGGCAAGCCUAAGAAGAAGAAGAUCCGCACUCGCGUUAUCAAGAAGGUCAAGGGUGACAAGCAGGAAGUCACCAAGAUUGAAACUGUCGAGGAAGACGACAAGCAACCCGAGACAACGGUUACUGUUGAAGAACUUCCGUUCGAAGAAGAGAAGCCUGAAGAAAUUCAAGAGCUUCCAGAGGAGGUUCGCGUCGUUGAAACCAUUACGGAAGAUGGCAAGCCUAAGAAGAAGAAGAUCCGCACUCGCGUUAUCAAGAAGGUCAAGGGUGACAAGCAGGAAGUCACCAAGAUUGAAACUGUCGAGGAAGACGACAAGCAGCCCAAAACAACGGUCACUGUUGAAGAACUUUCGUUCGAAGAAGAGAAGCCUGAAGAAAUUCAAGAGCUUCCAGAGGAGGUUCGCGUCGUUGAAACCAUUACGGAAGAUGGCAAGCCUAAGAAGAAGAAGAUCCGCACUCGCGUUAUCAAGAAGGUCAAGGGUGGCAAGCAAGAAGUCACCAAGAUUGAAACUGUCGAAGAGGACGACAAGCAACCCGAAACAACGGUCACCGUUGAGGAACUUCCGUUUGAAGAAGAGAAGCCUGAAGAAAUUCAAGAGCUUCCGGAGGAGGUUCGCGUAGUCGAAACCGUAACGGAAGAUGGCAAGCCUAAGAAGAAGAAGAUCCGCACUCGCGUUAUCAAGAAGGUCAAGGGUGACAAGCAGGAAGUUACCAAGAUUGAAACUGUCGAGGAAGAUGACAAGCAACCCGAGACAACGGUUACUGUUGAAGAACUUCCGUUCGAAGAAGAGAAGCCUGAAGAAAUUCAAGAGCUUCCAGAGGAGGUUCGCGUCGUUGAAACCAUUACGGAAGAUGGCAAGCCUAAGAAGAAGAAGAUCCGCACUCGCGUUAUCAAGAAGGUCAAGGGUGACAAGCAGGAAGUCACCAAGAUUGAAACUGUCGAGGAAGACGACAAGCAGCCCAAAACAACGGUCACUGUUGAAGAACUUUCGUUCGAAGAAGAGAAGCCUGAAGAAAUUCAAGAGCUUCCAGAGGAGGUUCGCGUCGUUGAAACCAUUACGGAAGAUGGCAAGCCUAAGAAGAAGAAGAUCCGCACUCGCGUUAUCAAGAAGGUCAAGGGUGGCAAGCAAGAAGUCACCAAGAUUGAAACUGUCGAGGAGGACGACAAGCAGCCCAAAACAACGGUCACUGUUGAAGAACUUUCGUUCGAAGAGAAGCCUGAAGAAAUUCAAGAGCUUCCAGAGGAGGUUCGCGUCGUUGAAACCAUUACAGAAGAUGGCAAGCCUAAGAAGAAGAAGAUCCGCACUCGCGUUAUCAAGAAGGUCAAGGGUGGCAAGCAAGAAGUCACCAAGAUUGAAACUGUCGAAGAGGACGACAAGCAACCCGAAACAACGGUCACCGUUGAGGAACUUCCGUUUGAAGAAGAGAAGCCUGAAGAAAUUCAAGAGCUUCCGGAGGAGGUUCGCGUAGUCGAAACCGUAACGGAAGAUGGCAAGCCUAAGAAGAAGAAGAUCCGCACUCGCGUUAUCAAGAAGGUCAAGGGUGACAAGCAGGAAGUUACCAAGAUUGAAACUGUCGAGGAAGAUGACAAGCAACCCGAGACAACGGUUACUGUUGAAGAACUUCCGUUCGAAGAAGAGAAGCCUGAAGAAAUUCAAGAGCUUCCAGAGGAGGUUCGCGUCGUUGAAACCAUUACGGAAGAUGGCAAGCCUAAGAAGAAGAAGAUCCGCACUCGCGUUAUCAAGAAGGUCAAGGGUGACAAGCAGGAAGUCACCAAGAUUGAAACUGUCGAGGAAGACGACAAGCAGCCCAAAACAACGGUCACUGUUGAAGAACUUCCGUUCGAAGAAGAGAAGCCUGAAGAAAUUCAAGAGCUUCCAGAGGAGGUUCGCGUCGUUGAAACCAUUACGGAAGAUGGCAAGCCUAAGAAGAAGAAGAUCCGCACUCGCGUUAUCAAGAAGGUCAAGGGUGGCAAGCAAGAAGUCACCAAGAUUGAAACUGUCGAGGAGGACGACAAGCAACCCGAAACAACGGUCACCAUUGAAGAACUUCCGUUUGAAGAAGAGAAGCCUGAAGAAAUUCAAGAGCUUCCAGAGGAGGUUCGCGUAGUCGAAACCGUAACGGAAGAUGGCCAACCUAAGAAGAAGAAGAUCCGCACUCGCGUUAUCAAGAAAGUCAAGGGUGACAAGCAGGAAGUUACCAAGAUUGAAACUGUCGAGGAAGAUGACAAGCAACCCGAGACAACGGUUACUGUUGAAGAACUUCCGUUCGAAGAAGAGAAGCCUGAAGAAAUUCAAGAGCUUCCAGAGGAGGUUCGCGUCGUUGAAACCAUUACGGAAGAUGGCAAGCCUAAGAAGAAGAAGAUCCGCACUCGCGUUAUCAAGAAGGUCAAGGGUGACAAGCAGGAAGUCACCAAGAUUGAAACUGUCGAGGAAGAUGACAAGCAACCCGAGACAACGGUUACUGUUGAAGAACUUCCGUUCGAAGAAGAGAAGCCUGAAGAAAUUCAAGAGCUUCCAGAGGAGGUUCGCGUCGUUGAAACCAUUACGGAAGAUGGCAAGCCUAAGAAGAAGAAGAUCCGCACUCGCGUUAUCAAGAAGGUCAAGGGUGACAAGCAGGAAGUUACCAAGAUUGAAACUGUCGAGGAAGACGACAAGCAACCCGAGACAACGGUUACUGUUGAAGAACUUCCGUUCGAAGAAGAGAAGCCUGAAGAAAUUCAAGAGCUUCCGGAGGAGGUUCGCGUAGUCGAAACCGAAACGGAAGAUGGCCAACCUAAGAAGAAGAAGAUCCGCACUCGCGUUAUCAAGAAAGUCAAGGGUGACAAGCAGGAAGUUACCAAGAUUGAAACUGUCGAGGAAGAUGACAAGCAACCCGAGACAACGGUUACUGUUGAAGAACUUCCGUUCGAAGAAGAGAAGCCUGAAGAAAUUCAAGAGCUUCCAGAGGAGGUUCGCGUCGUUGAAACCAUUACGGAAGAUGGCAAGCCUAAGAAGAAGAAGAUCCGCACUCGCGUUAUCAAGAAGGUCAAGGGUGGCAAGCAAGAAGUCACCAAGAUUGAAACUGUCGAAGAGGACGACAAGCAACCCGAAACAACGGUCACCGUUGAGGAACUUCCGUUUGAAGAAGAGAAGCCUGAAGAAAUUCAAGAGCUUCCGGAGGAGGUUCGCGUAGUCGAAACCGUAACGGAAGAUGGCAAGCCUAAGAAGAAGAAGAUCCGCACUCGCGUUAUCAAGAAGGUCAAGGGUGACAAGCAAGAAGUCACCAAGAUUGAAACUGUCGAGGAGGACGACAAGCAACCCAAAACAACGGUCACCAUUGAAGAACUUCCGUUUGAAGAAGAGAAGCCUGAAGAAAUUCAAGAGCUUCCAGAGGAGGUUCGCGUAGUCGAAACCGUAACGGAAGAUGGCCAACCUAAGAAGAAGAAGAUCCGGACUCGCGUUAUCAAGAAAGUCAAGGGUGACAAGCAGGAAGUUACCAAGAUUGAAACUGUCGAGGAAGACGACAAGCAACCCGAGACAACGGUUACUGUUGAAGAACUUUCGUUCGAAGAAGAGAAGCCUGAAGAAAUUCAAGAGCUUCCAGAGGAGGUUCGCGUCGUUGAAACCAUUACGGAAGAUGGCAAGCCUAAGAAGAAGAAGAUCCGCACUCGCGUUAUCAAGAAGGUCAAGGGUGACAAGCAGGAAGUCACCAAGAUUGAAACUGUCGAGGAAGAUGACAAGCAACCCGAGACAACGGUUACUGUUGAAGAACUUCCGUUCGAAGAAGAGAAGCCUGAAGAAAUUCAAGAGCUUCCAGAGGAGGUUCGCGUCGUUGAAACCAUUACGGAAGAUGGCAAGCCUAAGAAGAAGAAGAUCCGCACUCGCGUUAUCAAGAAGGUCAAGGGUGACAAGCAAGAAGUCACCAAGAUUGAAACUGUCGAAGAGGACGACAAGCAAACCGAAACAACGGUCACCGUUGAGGAACUUCCGUUUGAAGAAGAGAAGCCUGAAGAAAUUCAAGAGCUUCCGGAGGAGGUUCGCGUAGUCGAAACCGUAACGGAAGAUGGCAAGCCUAAGAAGAAGAAGAUCCGCACUCGCGUUAUCAAGAAGGUCAAGGGUGACAAGCAAGAAGUCACCAAGAUUGAAACUGUCGAGGAGGACGACAAGCAACCCGAAACAACGGUCACCAUUGAAAAACUUCCGUUUGAAGAAGAGAAGCCUGAAGAAAUUCAAGAGCUUCCAGAGGAGGUUCGCGUAGUCGAAACCGUAACGGAAGAUGGCCAGCCUAAGAAGAAGAAGAUCCGCACUCGCGUUUUCAAGAAAGUCAAGGGUGACAAGCAGGAAGUUACCAAGAUUGAAACUGUCGAGGAAGACGACAAGCAACCCGAGACAACGGUUACUGUUGAAGAAGUUCCGUUCGAGGAAGAGAAGCCUGAAGAAAUUCAAGAGCUUCCAGAGGAGGUUCGCGUCGUUGAAACCAUUACGGAAGAUGGCAAGCCUAAGAAGAAGAAGAUCCGCACUCGCGUUAUCAAGAAGGUCAAGGGUGACAAGCAAGAAGUCACCAAGAUUGAAACUGUCGAGGAAGACGACAAGCAACCCGAGACAACGGUUACUGUUGAAGAACUUUCGUUCGAAGAAGAGAAGCCUGAAGAAAUUCAAGAGCUUCCAGAGGAGGUUCGCGUCGUUGAAACCAUUACGGAAGAUGGCAAGCCUAAGAAGAAGAAGAUCCGCACUCGCGUUAUCAAGAAGGUCAAGGGUGACAAGCAGGAAGUCACCAAGAUUGAAACUGUCGAGGAAGAUGACAAGCAACCCGAGACAACGGUUACUGUUGAAGAACUUCCGUUCGAAGAAGAGAAGCCUGAAGAAAUUCAAGAGCUUCCGGAGGAGGUUCGCGUAGUCGAAACCGUAACGGAAGAUGGCAAGCCUAAGAAGAAGAAGAUCCGCACUCGCGUUAUCAAGAAGGUCAAGGGUGACAAGCAAGAAGUCACCAAGAUUGAAACUGUCGAGGAGGACGACAAGCAACCCGAAACAACGGUCACCAUUGAAGAACUUCCGUUUGAAGAAGAGAAGCCUGAAGAAAUUCAAGAGCUUCCAGAGGAGGUUCGCGUAGUCGAAACCGUAACGGAAGAUGGCAAGCCUAAGAAGAAGAAGAUCCGCACUCGCGUUUUCAAGAAAGUCAAGGGUGACAAGCAGGAAGUUACCAAGAUUGAAACUGUCGAGGAAGACGACAAGCAACCCGAGACAACGGUUACUGUUGAAGAAGUUCCGUUCGAGGAAGAGAAGCCUGAAGAAAUUCAAGAGCUUCCAGAGGAGGUUCGCGUCGUUGAAACCAUUACGGAAGAUGGCAAGCCUAAGAAGAAGAAGAUCCGCACUCGCGUUAUCAAGAAGGUCAAGGGUGACAAGCAAGAAGUCACCAAGAUUGAAACUGUCGAGGAAGACGACAAGCAACCCGAGACAACGGUUACUGUUGAAGAACUUCCGUUCGAAGAAGAGAAGCCUGAAGAAAUUCAAGAGCUUCCAGAGGAGGUUCGCGUCGUUGAAACCAUUACGGAAGAUGGCAAGCCUAAGAAGAAGAAGAUCCGCACUCGCGUUAUCAAGAAGGUCAAGGGUGACAAGCAGGAAGUCACCAAGAUUGGAACUGUCGAAGAGGACGACAAGCAACCCGAAACAACGGUCACCGUUGAGGAACUUCCGUUUGAGGAAGAGAAGCCUGAAGAAAUUCAAGAGCUUCCGGAGGAGGUUCGCGUAGUCGAAACCGUAACGGAAGAUGGCAAGCCUAAGAAGAAGAAGAUCCGCACUCGCGUUAUCAAGAAGGUCAAGGGUAACAAGCAAGAAGUCACCAAGAUUGAAACGGUUGAGGAAGACGACAAGCAACCUGAGACAACGGUAACUGUUGAAGAACUUCCGUUCGAAGAAGAGAAGCCUGAAGAAAUUCAAGAGCUUCCAGAGGAGGUUCGCGUCGUUGAAACCAUUACGGAAGAUGGCAAGCCUAAGAAGAAGAAGAUCCGCACUCGCGUUAUCAAGAAAAUCAAAGGUGACAAGCAGGAAGUCACCAAGAUUGAAACUGUCGAGGAAGACGACAAGCAACCCGAGACAACGGUUACUGUUGAUGAACUUCCGUUCGAAGAAGAGAAGCCUGAAGAAAUUCGAGAGCUUCCAGAGGAGGUUCGCGUCGUUGAAACCAUUACGGAAGAUGGCAAGCCUAAGAAGAAGAAGAUCCGCACUCGCGUUAUCAAGAAGGUCAAGGGUGAGAAGCAGGAAGUCACCAAGAUUGAAACUGUCGAGGAAGACGAGAAGCAACCCGAGACAACGGUUACUGUUGAAGAACUUCCGUUCGAAGAAGAGAAGCCUGAAGAAAUUCAAGAGCUUCCAGAGGAGGUUCGCGUCGUUGAAACCAUUACGGAAGAUGGCAAGCCUAAGAAGAAGAAGAUCCGCACUCGCGUUAUCAAGAAGGUCAAGGGUGAGAAGCAGGAAGUCACCAAGAUUGAAACUGUCGAGGAAGACGACAAGCAACCCGAGACAACGGUUACUGUUGAAGAACUUCCGUUCGAAGAAGAGAAGCCUGAAGAAAUUCAAGAGCUUCCAGAGGAGGUUCGCGUCGUUGAAACCAUUACGGAAGACGGCAAGCCUAAGAAGAAGAAGAUCCGCACUCGCGUUAUCAAGAAGGUCAAGGGUGACAAGCAAGAAGUCACCAAGAUUGAAACUGUCGAAGAGGACGACAAGCAACCCGAAACAACGGUCACCGUUGAGGAACUUCCGUUUGAAGAAGAGAAGCCUGAAGAAAUUCAAGAGCUUCCGGAGGAAGUUCGCGUAGUCGAAACCUUAACGGAAGAUGGCAAGCCUAAGAAGAAGAAGAUCCGCACUCGCGUUAUCAAGAAGGUCAAGGGUGACAAGCAAGAAGUCACCAAGAUUGAAACUGUAGAGGAGGACGACAAGCAACCCGAAACAACGGUCACCAUUGAAGAACUUCCGUUUGAAGAAGAGAAGCCUGAAGAAAUUCAAGAGCUUCCAGAGGAGGUUCGCGUCGUUGAAACCAUUACGGAAGACGGCAAGCCUAAGAAGAAGAAGAUCCGCACUCGCGUUAUCAAGAAGGUCAAGGGUGACAAGCAAGAAGUCACCAAGAUUGAAACUGUCGAAGAGGACGACAAGCAACCCGAAACAACGGUCACCGUUGAGGAACUUCCGUUUGAAGAAGAGAAGCCUGAAGAAAUUCAAGAGCUUCCGGAGGAGGUUCGCGUAGUCGAAACCUUAACGGAAGAUGGCAAGCCUAAGAAGAAGAAGAUCCGCACUCGCGUUAUCAAGAAGGUCAAGGGUGACAAGCAAGAAGUCACCAAGAUUGAAACUGUAGAGGAGGACGACAAGCAACCCGAAACAACGGUCACCAUUGAAGAACUUCCGUUUGAAGAAGAGAAGCCUGAAGAAAUUCAAGAGCUUCCAGAGGAGGUUCGCGUAGUCGAAACCGUAACGGAAGAUGGCCAGCCUAAGAAGAAGAAGAUCCGCACUCGCGUUAUCAAGAAGGUCAAGGGUGGCAAGCAAGAAGUCACCAAGAUUGAAACUGUCGAAGAGGACGACAAGCAACCCGAAACAACGGUCACCGUUGAGGAACUUCCGUUUGAAGAAGAGAAGCCUGAAGAAAUUCAAGAGCUUCCGGAGGAGGUUCGCGUAGUCGAAACCGUAACGGAAGAUGGCAAGCCUAAGAAGAAGAAGAUCCGCACUCGCGUUAUCAAGAAGGUCAAGGGUGACAAGCAGGAAGUCACCAAGAUUGAAACUUUCGAGGAAGACGACAAGCAACCCGAGACAACUGUUACUGUUGAAGAACUUCCGUUCGAAGAAGAGAAGCCUGAAGAAAUUCAAGAGCUUCCGGAGGAGGUUCGCGUCGUUGAAACCAUUACGGAAGAUGGCAAGCCUAAGAAGAAGAAGAUCCGCACUCGCGUUAUCAAGAAGGUCAAGGGUGACAAGCAGGAAGUUACCAAAAUUGAAACUGUCGAGGAAGACGACAAGCAACCUGUGACAACGGUAACUGUUGAAAAACUUCCGUUCGAAGAAGAGAAGCCUGAAGAAAUUCAAGAGCUUCCAGAGGAGGUUCGCGUUGUUGAAACCAUUACGGAAGAUGGCAAGCCUAAGAAGAAGAAGAUCCGCACUCGCGUUAUCAAGAAGGUCAAGGGUGACAAGCAGGAAGUCACCAAGAUUGAAACUGUCGAGGAAGACGACAAGCAACCUGAGACAACGGUAACUGUUGAAGAAAUUCCGUUCGAAGAAGAGAAGACUGAAGAAAUUCAAGAGCUUCCAGAGGAGGUUCGCGUCGUUGAAACCUUUACGGAAGAUGGCAAGCCUAAGAAGAAGAAGACCCGUACUCGCGUUAUCAAGAAAGUCAAGGGUGACAAGCAGGAAGUCACCAAGAUUGAAACUGUCGAGGAAGACGACAAGCAACCCGAGACAACGGUUACUGUUGAAGAACUUCCGUUUGAAGAAGAGAAGCCUGAAGAAAUUCAAGAGCUUCCGGAGGAGGUUCGCGUAGUCGAAACCGUAACGGAAGAUGGCAAGCCUAAGAAGAAGAAGAUCCGCACUCGCGUUAUCAAGAAGGUCAAGGGUGACAAGCAGGAAGUCACCAAAAUUGAAACUGUCGAGGAAGACGACAAGCAACCUGAGACAACGGUAACUGUUGAAGAACUUCCGUUCGAAGAAGAGAAGCCUGAAGAAAUUCAAGAGCUUCCAGAGGAGGUUCGCGUUGUUGAAACCAUUACGGAAGAUGGCAAGCCUAAGAAGAAGAAGAUCCGCACUCGCGUUAUCAAGAAGGUCAAGGGUGACAAGCAGGAAGUCACCAAGAUUGAAACUGUCGAGGAAGACGACAAGCAACCCGAGACAACGGUUACUGUUGAAGAACUUCCGUUUGAAGAACAGAAGCCUGAAGAAAUUCAAGAGCUUCCGGAGGAGGUUCGCGUAGUCGAAACCGUAACGGAAGAUGGCAAGCCUAAGAAGAAGAAGAUCCGCACUCGCGUUAUCAAGAAGGUCAAGGGUGACAAGCAGGAAGUCACCAAAAUUGAAACUGUCGAGGAAGACGACAAGCAACCUGAGACAACGGUAACUGUUGAAGAACUUCCGUUCGAAGAAGAGAAGCCUGAAGAAAUUCAAGAGCUUCCAGAGGAGGUUCGCGUUGUUGAAACCAUUACGGAAGAUGGCAAGCCUAAGAAGAAGAAGAUCCGCACUCGCGUUAUCAAGAAGGUCAAGGGUGACAAGCAGGAAGUCACCAAGAUUGAAACUGUCGAGGAAGACGACAAGCAACCCGAAACAACGGUCACCGUUGAGGAACUUCCGUUUGAAGAAGAGAAGCCUGAAGAAAUUCAAGAGCUUCCGGAGGAGGUUCGCGUAGUCGAAACCAUAACAGAAGAUGGCAAGCCUAAGAAGAAGAAGAUCCGCACUCGCGUUAUCAAGAAGGUCAAGGGGGACAAGCAGAAAAUCACCAAGAUUGAAACUGUCGAGGAAGACGACAAGCAACCCGAAACAACGGUCACCGUUGAGGAACUUCCGUUUGAAGAAGAGAAGCCUGAAGAAAUUCAAGUGCUUCCGGAGGAGGUUCGCGUAGUCGAAACCAUUACGGAAGAUGGCAAGCCUAAGAAGAAGAAGAUCCGGACUCGCUUUAUCAAGAAGGUUAAGGGUGACAAGCAGGAAGUCACCAAGAUUGAAACUGUCGAAGAGGACGACAAGCAACCCGAAACAACGGUCACCGUUGAGGAACUUCCGUUUGAAGAAGGGAAGCCUGAAGAAAUUCAAGAGCUUCCAGAGGAGGUUCGCGUAGUCGAAACCAUAACAGAAGAUGGCAAGCCUAAAAAGAAGAAGAUCCGCACUCGCGUUAUCAAGAAGGUCAAGGGUGACAAGCAGGAAGUCACCAAGAUUGAAACUGUCGAGGAGGACGACAAGCAACCCGAGACAACGGUUACUGUUGAAGAACUUCCGUUUGAAGAAGAGAAGCCUGAAGAAAUUCAAGAGCUUCCAGAGGAGGUUUGCGUCGUUGAAACCAUUACGGAAGAUGGCAAGCCUAAGAAGAAGAAGAUCCGCACUCGCGUUAUCAAGAAGGUCAAGGGUGACAAGCAAGAAGUCACCAAGAUUGAAACUGUCGAGGAAGACGACAAGCAACCCGAGACAACGGUUACUGUUGAAGAACUUCCGUUUGAAGAAGAGAAGCCUGAAGAAAUUCAAGAGCUUCCGGAGGAGGUUCGCGUAGUCGAAACCAUAACGGAAGAUGGCAAGCCUAGGAAGAAGAAAAUCCGCACUCGCGUUAUCAAGAAGGUCAAGGGUGACAAGCAAGAAGUCACCAAGAUUGAAACUGUCGAAGAGGACGACAAGCAACCCGAAACAACGGUCACAGUUGAAGAACUUCCGUUCGAAGAAGAGAAGCCAGAAGAAAUUCAAGAGCUUCCAGAGGAGGUUCGCGUAGUCGACACCGUAACGGAAGAUGGCAAGCCAUCAAAGAAGAGGAUUCGCACUCGCGUUAUCAAGAAGGUCAAGGGUGACAAGCAAGAAGUCACCAAGAUUGAAACUGUCGAAGAGGACGACAAGCAACCCGAAACAACGGUCACCGUUGAGGAACUUUCGUUUGAAGAAAGGAAGCCUGAAGAAAUUCAAGAGCUUCCGGAGGAGGUUCGCGUAGUCGAAACCAUAACGGAAGAUGGCAAGCCUAGGAAGAAGAAAAUCCGCACUCGCGUUAUCAAGAAGAUCAAGGGUGACAAGCAAGAAGUCACCAAGAUUGAAACUGUCGAAGAGGACGACAAGCAACCCGAAACAACGGUCACCGUUGAGGAACUUCCGUUCGAAGAAGAGAAGCCAGAAGAAAUUCAAGAGCUUCCAGAGGAGGUUCGCGUAGUCGACACCGUAACGGAAGAUGGCAAGCCAUCAAAGAAGAGGAUUCGCACUCGCGUGAUUAAGAAGGUCAAGGGUGACAAGCAAGAAGUCACAAAGAUUGAAGCUGUCGAAGAGGACGACAAGCAACCCGAAACAACUGUCACCGUUGAGGAACUUCCGUUUGAAGAAGAGAAGCCUGAAGAAAUUCAAGAGCUUCCGGAGGAGGUUCGCUUCGUUGAGACCAUUACGGAAGAUGGCAAGCCUAAGAAGAAGAAGAUCCGCACUCGCGUUAUCAAGAAGGUCAAGGGUGACAAGCAAGAAGUCACCAAGAUUGAAACUGUCGAAGAGGACGACAAGCAACCCGAAACAACGGUCACUAUUGAAGAACUUCCGUUCGAAGAAGAGAAGCCAGAAGAAAUUCAAGAGCUUCCGGAGGAAGUUCGCGUCGUGGAAACCAUUACGGAAGAUGGCAAGCCUAAGAAGAAGAAGAUCCGCACUCGCGUUAUCAAGAAGGUCAAGGGUGACAAGCAAGAAGUCACCAAGAUUGAAACUGUCGAAGAGGACGACAAGCAACCCGAAACAACGGUCACUGUUGAAGAACUUCCGUUCGAAGAAGAGAAGCCUGAAGAAAUUCAAGAGCUUCCGGAGGAGGUUCGCGUCGUUGAAACCAUUACGGAAGAUGGCAAGCCUAAGAAGAAGAAGAUCCGCACUCGCGUUAUCAAGAAGGUUAAGGGUGACAAGCAAGAAGUCACCAAGAUUGAAACUGUCGAAGAGGACGACAAGCAACCCGAAACAACGGUCACCGUUGAGGAACUUCCGUUUAAAGAAGAGAAGCCUGAAGAAAUUCAAGAGCUUCCGGAGGAGGUUCGCGUCGUUGAAACCAUUACGGAAGAUGGCAAGCCUAAGAAGAAGAAGAUCCGCACUCGCGUUAUCAAGAAGGUCAAGGGUGACAAGCAAGAAGUCACCAAGAUUGAAACUGUCGAAGAGGACGACAAGCAACCCGAGACAACGGUUACUGUUGAAGAACUUCCGUUUGAAGAAGAGAAGCCUGAAGAAAUUCAAGAGCUUCCGGAGGAGGUUCGCGUAGUCGAAACCAUAACGGAAGAUGGCAAGCCUAGGAAGAAGAAAAUCCGCACUCGCGUUAUCAAGAAGGUCAAGGGUGACAAGCAAGAAGUCACCAAGAUUGAAACUGUCGAAGAGGACGACAAGCAACCCGAAACAACGGUCACCGUUGAGGAACUUCCGUUCGAAGAAGAGAAGCCAGAAGAAAUUCAAGAGCUUCCAGAGGAGGUUCGCGUAGUCGACACCGUAACGGAAGAUGGCAAGCCAUCAAAGAAGAGGAUUCGCACUCGCGUGAUUAAGAAGAUCAAGGGUGACAAGCAAGAAGUCACCAAGAUUGAAACUGUCGAAGAGGACGACAAGCAACCCGAAACAACGGUCACCGUUGAGGAACUUCCGUUUGACGAAGAAAUUCAAGAGCUUCCGGAGGAGGUUCGCGUGGUCGAAACCAUAACGGAAGAUGGCAAGCCUAGGAAGAAGAAAAUCCGCAUUCGCGUUAUCAAGAAGGUCAAGGGUGACAAGCAAGAAGUCACCAAGAUUGAAACUGUCGAAGAGGACGACAAGCAACCCGAAACAACGGUCACCGUUGAGGAACUUCCGUUCGAAGAAGAGAAGCCAGAAGAAAUUCAAGAGCUUCCAGAGGAGGUUCGCGUAGUCGACACCGUAACGGAAGAUGGCAAGCCAUCAAAGAAGAGGAUUCGCACUCGCGUGAUUAAGAAGAUCAAGGGUGACAAGCAAGAAGUCACCAAGAUUGAAACUCUCGAAGAGGACGACAAGCAACCCGAAACAACGAUCACUGUUGAAGAACUUCCGUUCGAAGAAGAGAAGCCUGAAGAAAUUCAAGAGCUUCCGGAGGAGGUUCGCGUCGUUGAAACCAUUACGGAAGAUGGCAAGCCUAAGAAGAAGAAGAUCCGCACUCGCGUUAUCAAGAAGGUCAAGGGUGACAAGCAGGAAGUCACCAAGAUUGAAACUGUCGAGGAAGACGACAAGCAACCCGAAACAACGGUCACCGUUGAGGAACUUCCGUUUGAAGAAGAGAAGCCAGAAGAAAUUCAAGAGCUUCCAGAGGAGGUUCGCGUAGUCGAAACCAUAACAGAAGAUGGCAAGCCUAAGAAGAAGAAGAUCCGCACUCGCGUUAUCAAGAAGGUCAAGGGUGACAAGCAAGAAGUCACCAAGAUUGAAACUGUCGAAGAGGACGACAAGCAACCCGAAACAACGGUCACUGUUGAAGAACUUCCCUUCGAAGAAGAGAAGCCUGAAGAAAUUCAAGAGCUUCCGGAGGAGGUUCGCGUCGUUGAAACCAUUACGGAAGAUGGCAAGCCUAAGAAGAAGAAGAUCCGCACUCGCGUUAUCAAGAAGAUCAAGGGUGACAAGCAAGAAGUCACCAAGAUUGAAACUGUCGAAGAGGACGACAAGCAACCCGAAACAACGGUCACCGUUGAGGAACUUCCGUUCGAAGAAGAGAAGCCUGAAGAAAUUCAAGAGCUUCCAGAGGAGGUUCGCGUAGUCGAAACCGUAACGGAAGAUGGCAAGCCAUCAAAGAAGAAGAUUCGCACUCGCGUGGUUAAGAAGGUCAAGGGUGACAAGCAAGAAGUCACCAAGAUUGAAACUGUCGAAGAGGACGACAAGCAACCAGAAACAACGGUCACCGUUGAGGAACUUCCGUUUGAAGAAGAUAAGCCUGAAGAAAUUCAAGAGCUUCCGGAGGAGGUUCGCUUCGUUGAAACCAUUACGGAAGAUGGCAAGCCAUCAAAGAAGAAGAUUCGCACUCGCGUGAUUAAGAAGGUCAAGGGUGACAAGCAAGAAGUCACAAAGAUUGAAACGGUCGAGGAGGAUGACAAGAAAGCGGAAACGACGGUAACAGUCGAAGAAACUGAAUUAAGUGCUCCCAGUGUAGGCAGAGUUCAACUUAAAAAAAGAGUAAUCGUUCAAAAACCCGUAGAUGAUGUUACGGUAUUUGAAUUGCCUGAGCGGAAAUCAGUUAUACUUUCAGAAAAAGAAGAUGGAACUCCAACCAAAACUGUUAUUAAAACAAGAAUUAUUAAAAAGAUUCAAGGGCCGAACAUGGAGGUGACUAAAGUUGAAACCGUUGAGGAGUAUGAAAAAACACCAAAAACUAAUGUAUCGGUAGAAAAGUUUAAUAUGCCAUUCCCGGAGCUUCCUGAAGAAAGGCUAUCUGAAGUAGUUGUGUUACCUGAUGAAGUUUUUGAGUCUGAAGCUCUUGAUAAUGAAGGACGUUUAAAAAUUAUUAAAACCAAGAAACGUAUUAUUAAAAAACCUGCACUCGAUAAUACAGAAGAAGUAACUGAAAUAGGAAUUAUUGAACAAGACGAUACGGAGCCUAUAUAUUCAGUUAAAACACAUGAACGACCCUUAACUGAAUCGAAGCCAGAGGACGGUAAAUUAAUCGAGCUGCCCGAACAUGUGACAGAACUUAAAGUAAUUAUGCCUGAUGGGAAGAAAAAGAAAAAGACCAUUAAAUCCAGAGCUUUUAAAAAGAGUCUUGACGAUGAUCUUGACGAAGUUACAACAAUCCAUAUAAUAGAGGAGGAAGAUAAGGAACCACUAACUACAGUGAACAUAGAAGUUGUGCCUUCUGAUGAGAUAUCAAUCACGCCCACACCGAUAGAAGAGCUUCCCGAGGAAACCGUAUUUACCGAAGAAUUAGAUGAGAAUAAGAAGCCAAAGAAGAAAACUACAAAAACUCGAACAUUUAAAAAGCGAGGUCCAGAUGACGAUGAAUAUUUCCAAAUUCAAACAAUAGAUGAGGAGGGCAAGGAGCCCAUCUCGCUUAUUCGAGUUGUUAGCGAUGAAAAUAUUGCUGAUAUUAUCGAUAUUAGUAAACUUGAUGAUGAAAAGGUUUCAAAACACAAACAAAAGCCACACAAGCAUAAGGUGGAUAAACCAAAGGCCGAUAACACAGAAACGGAACACCCAGUUUACAUUACGACAUUUAAGUCUGUACAACACGAAGAUGGAGAAACAACCAUACAAACUGAAAACAAGCGAAUUUCUCAGGAGGAAGGCAUCGUUGUUGAGGAAGUCCUCAGCGAUACAGAACUCAUUCCAGAAGACAAAACACAAUUACACCUUGAAAUAACCGAAGUCAGCGAACCAACAGACCAAUACUACAAAGAGUACACUAUCACUGAACCUGAAGAGGCAAGUGCAGACGCCAUACAAAAACCAACUAAAGACAAUACACCAAAACAGAAAAAGACACUAAAAACUCCAAUUGAGGAAGUUGACGAAACUGUUAUAGUUGAAGAGGGUACAGGGGAACAGACUAACCAGACUACGAAACGAAAACCAAAAAAGGUUAAGGGUAACGUACAGGUAGAGGUUGUUGAUGAGAAACCAAGUGAAAAGAAGGAAAAGGCAAAGAAAAAUAAAGUGGUCAAAACAAAACGAGAUGAAAUGGAUGACUACAUACAAUUUCUCAUACACCAAGAAAUCCCAAAGACUGUUAUUCAACCGUAUCGUCGCACCGAAAUGGAACUUCCUCAAAGAGCACGUCGUGACUCAUCCUUUAAACAGCCAGUCAAGCUUACUCCAAUGAAAAUUGAGAAAGUCGAGAUUAAAAAACCCAAAAUGGUUGAAAUAAGUUCGGUAGUGGAAUUCCCACAAAUGCUCAAACUUAAAGCCCCUAAACAACGUCCACAGGAAGAGAAAAAGAAGAAGAAUGAAGCUUCUUUUAAAAACAAAAAAUUGAAGAGUUGGAUCAGAUUUGUACCAUAUGCGCCAUACUGUUUCCCAUAUGUAGUUACCGAAUUAGAAACUAUCCGCGAAGUAGGAGAACUUUCACGAAAUGUUGCCGAAGCAGAAGAGGUAUUGAAAUUGCGUCCAAGGAAAUUUAAGCAUUCAAAGCCCGAAAAGGCUGAAAUUGAAGAAGCCGAUCUAGAGGCAUUUGAAUCUGAUCAUUCCGAAAAAUCUAACAAGGAACUAUUACACCCGAAAUACAAACGCUCCAAAAAGCAAAAGAGCGAAACUCCGGAUGAAUCAAGGAAACUUAAGCUUGGAAAGGGUAAAAUUCUACAAAAUGAGGAAGGAUCUGAGGAAGUUAAUUUGAAACCAGUUAAGCCUGAUAUCGCAGAGAUUACAGGUGGUGGAAAGCCUGUGAAGUCACAGGAAAAUGAAGUUGUCAAGAAGAAGAAGACCAAAAAGAGCACCAGGCCUGAAGAAGGACUUCAACUGGAACCCAUUGAAUUCAAAGAGAUGGAGGGAACCUCUGAGAUCACAGAAGAAUCCGACACAUCUGUGUCUGUAGACUCUACCACACAGGAGAAACCUAUAUAUAAAAAGAAUAAGAAGGUGACUCCUAGUACAAAGGGAAACCAGUUCGAAAUAUUACCAGGGAAACCAAGGGAACUUGAAGAAAGCCCAGAAGAUGACCUUAAUCUGCGCAAACGACAAGGUGAAAGGCCUGAUAAUGAAAUGACAGAUAUCAAGCUCAAACCAUAUUAUAAGUUCGAAGUGAUUGAUCUGGAACCCGAAGGCGACCAAGCUGAAACAGUACCUUUUAUUGAAUUAAUAGGAAAAGAACCCAAGAAAAAACGAAAGAUAAAGGUUAAGACGGAACAAGAAGAUAACACCAUUGAAAUCGUACCACUUUCUCCUGUGGAUAAGGAUGAACCAAUCUUUGAAAUUACAGUCACAAGCUCAGAAACUCUUCAAGAGGACUCAAAAUCCAACAAAAUUGCUAAGAAAAAGGUAAAGCGCAUGAAUAAACAGGAAUUGGAUGAUUUUGUUACAGACUUACAAGAGAAGCCAAAUCAGAAGGUCUAUGAGACUAGCAUGUCUGAUUUCUAUGAGGUAAAGUUGACCGAAUUGCCGUCAGAGUCUGUCAAAGAUAAGCCUAAGAAACGCAGGUUAAAACAUGAAAAGGGCGAUGAAGUGCAAGUUUUGGAAAUUGUUGAAGGCCUGGUGGGCCCCGGUGAAGAGCCUUUCUAUGAAAUAACUGUAAUAUCUAGUGAAAAUACUGAAGAAGAAAGUGGAGAGAUAUCAACUGAUAAGAUCAAAAAGAAAUCUUCGAAAAUUAAAAAGGAUGAGCUCGAUGCCUAUAUACAGCAGUUGAUCAAUGCCGAAAUCCCAGUAACAGAACUAGAAAAAUAUGAAAAAAUCGAUGUAGAUGGUAAGGCAAAAAAACCUAAAAAGCAAAAGCCAAAGCCAAAGAAAGCAUUGAUUGAUGAAGGAGAAACACUUCAAGUUGGAGUCACAGAGCAUGAGCCAACCAAAAAAUCAAAAACAAAAAGACCGGAGUUAAAGAAAACUGUAAUAGAUAAAGAAUUGGAUGAGCACGAAGCUGUUCCAGAACACGAUGAGUUCCUUAUCAACAAAAUUGAGUCGGAACGUCCUCAAGAUGAAAACAUUGAAGAAACAGAAAUAGAAAUCUUGCCGGUCGUAGAUAAAGUUUUGGCAGAUUUAAGUGAUUGCCUACCUUUUGUGGUUGUUGAGGAAGAUUUCAAGAAUAUGCCAUUGGAGCAUGAUGAAAUUCGUUUGGAAGAUGAGAAAAUACUAAGAAAACGAAAGGUCAGAGCUAGAAAGGACUCCAAAUUAUACGAAAUCGAAAUAAUUGAAACCGAAAAACUAGGUGACAAGCCUGAUGAAGCGAAGGUUAUAGUUAUAACGACAGAAAUUUCUGGUGAUACCAUCGACGCACCCGCUUCAUCUACUACUGAGGUACCGAAAAAAUCUGUUAGAAAGGUUAAGCAAGAGAAGCUAAAAGAAUUCAUUGUCAAAAUAGUCGAGGAAGCCCCAUUAGAUGACGUCUAUGAAAUAUGUGAAGAAGUUUCAAGACCUCCUGCCGAAGAAAGCUUGGAGAAAAAUGAUAUUAGUUCAUUCACAACUACGGUAGGGGAUGAGCAAAUAGAAGAACCUUUUCUGCCAGAAGAAACAAAAACGGUGGACGAUGCUCGCAUGAAAAAAGACAAGAAAAAGAAAACUGAUAAUCAGCAAAAGAUAAAAUCAUCCGACUUUAAACCUACUCCAACCUCAGAAUAUUCAGCAAUUACGGAAUAUACUCCAAAGAUUUCAGAACAUGAUGAAAAUCCUGAAACGGACGAAUAUUUGGUAGAAGUAAAAGAAAGUUUGCCAAAAUCCAAAAAGAAAUCUGCAAAGAAGCAAAAGGAGGAAUCCCUCGCUGGGCCUAUUUCGUUUUAUACCAUUCGUAUUGAGGAAUCGACCCCAGAAACUUUCACCGAAAAAAUAGAUGAAAACGGUAAGGAAGUUGUACGUGUCAUUAAUAAGAGAAAAAUUAUAAAGAAAGAGGGACCGAGGGAAUAUCUAAUCGAAGUUACUGAAACAUAUGAAGAUAACAAGCCAGAAGCAGAUGUUUUAGUUCGGACCACUGAGACAACGCCAACAAUCGAUUCCACGCCUCAGGAACACCACAAUAUUAAAAUCGUACAGAAAAAGAAGCCAAAGACCGAAAACCUUGACAAUUAUAUUAUAAAACUAAUAGAUCAAGAAAUUCCACAUCAAGAAAAUAAAGAAUUUGAACCCACUGUACUGGAGACCUCUCCAGAGUCUAAAAAGCGAAAGAAAAUUAAGAAACAUCACAAAAAAACUACCGAGGUUAUUGACGGUAUUCCGAUUACUGUAUAUGAAGUAACAAUACAUGAGAGUGAAACUGAUGAAGAUGAUUAUAAGCCAGAUGAACACACUUUAGUGGAAACUGAUCAUGAGGAUAUAGAGGAGGCUCCCAAAGACCUGAAAACAAAAGUCUCAAAAGAAAAGCCUAAAUCAAUGAAAGAAAAAUCGUUAAAGUUCCAAAUAGCUGAGGAAGACAACCCUCAAACAGUAAUUGAAGAUAUCUUGGAGGAUGUGCAAGUUGUACAAAUUAUUGAAGAAGACGGCACACCAAAACACGUGGAAAUUAAGAAAAAGAAGGUUUCCCGCAAACAGGGUCCAAAGGAACAAAUCUUUGAAAUUACUGAGAAAAAAACUGGCGAUGAACCUUUAUCUGAAGUAACUAUUGUGGAGAUUACAGAAGAACAGCCUCAAGAAGAAGUCUUAGCGGUUCAAGAGAAGAAAUCAAUUAAAAAACCAAAGAAACUAAGGCCUGAAGAUGUCAAUAGUUAUGUAAUUAAUGUCCUUGAGGAGUUAGCUGAACCCAUUCGAUUCGAUAAACUUACGGAAGACGCAGAUGACAAGCCACAACCAGUUAUGGGAAAUAUUUCGGAAGAUGUACAAGUUAUGCAAAUUGUUGAAGAAGACGGCACAUCAAAACAGGUUGAAAUUAAGAAAAAGAAGGUUUCUCGCAAGCAUGGUCCAAAGGAACAAAUCUUUGAGAUAACCGAAACAAAAGCUAGUGAUCAACCUUUAGCUGAAGUAACAAUUGUAGAAGUAACGGAAGAAGGCUUAAGUAAAGACGUUCUGAUACCUAAGGAAAAGAAAACUGUAAAGAAGCCAAGGAAACUGAAGCCUGAAGAUAUCCAAAGCUUUGUAAUUAAUGUUUUGGAAGAGUUUAAUGAACCUGAUGAUGAUGCUAAUGCCGAAAAACCAAUAAUUGUGGACAUUGCAGAAUCCGUUGAAAUUAUUCCAGUUACUGAAGAAGAUGGCAUAACUAAGGAGGUUGAGGUUAAGAGGAAAAGGGUUUCCCGCAAACAAGGUACGAAGCAACAAGUUUUUGAAGUCAUCGAGAGAAAAACUAGUGACGAACCUUUGGCUGAAGUUACAAUCAUCGAGCUUGGUGGUGACAAAUCUCAAGAAGACAUUAUUCUACCCAAGGAAAAGAAACCAAUCAAGAAAACAAUUAAAUUAAAGCCUGAAGACGUCGAAAGCUAUGUCGUUAAUGUUUUGGAAGAGUUUUGUGAGCCUCAAAACUUUGAGAGAAGUGAGCCUACUGAGGGAGAAGCAUUUGAAACUAAAACAAAACACAAAAAGUCCAAGAAGCCAAUUGAGAAAGCACUAGAAAAUGUUAUCCUUAUAGAAGAAAUGGCUCCUGAAACGGUUAUAGAAAAUAUUGUAAACGAAAAGGGAGAAGAAGUUAAACAAGUUAAAACAACCAAGAAACUUAAGAAAAAGGAAGGCCCUAAGGAGUAUCUCAUUGAAAUAAAAGAAACUUAUGAAGAAAAUAAGCCAGAGGGCGACAUUGAAAUAACAACUACAGAGUUGGCUCCUGAGAACGCUUCUGAUGCCUCUGAUGAUCAACCAGUCUUUGUUCUCCAGAAAGUGAAAAAGAAGAAGCCUGUCAAAGACGAUCUUGACAGAUAUAUACAGCAGUUAAUCGAACAGGAAAUCACAAAAACCCCUCUAGAAGAAUAUGAACCAACCGAAAUGGAUUCGAAAAAGAAGCCUAAAAAGAAAGUAAAAUCUCACAACAAGAAAACCAUUGAAGUUGUUGAUGGAUUACCAGUUACCAUUCACGAGUUCAAUGUGGAGGACAUAGUUCCAAAACCUGAGGUCAUGGAAAAACCAGAAAGUAUGUUACAGGAAAUUAAGGAAAUACCACAACUGCCAGACGAUUCUUCCAAUUACCUUAUAAACAUUUCUGAUGAAUUUUCUGAAGCGGAUAAGCCAAUAAAACAGCCUACUGAGGAGGUACCCAUAAAAAAAGAGAAGCCAUUAAAACAGAAAAAGAACGUUGAGAGUCCCGUAUCAUUGGAAACACAUGAUCACACUGUUGAAGUCGUUGCUGAACCCACAUUGGAAGGAACUGUUAAAGACGUAACUGUCAAGAAACGAAAGGUAUCCCGUAGAAAGGGGUCUAAAGAUCACAUUUUUGAAAUUACGGAAACAACAAGUGAGGAUCGGCCCACGGCUGAAGUUACAGUAGUUGAGUUGACCACCGACGAAAUCUUAGCUUCUGAAGAAAAACCGAAGUAUGAAAGAAAGGUUGUUAAAAAACCAAAGCAGUUAAAGAAAGAGGACGUGGAAGAAUAUAUAAUUAAUAUUAUCGAAGAAUUCGUACAGCCAAUUCCAGUUGGCCUAGUUGAAGGUGAAGUAGAAAAAGUCCAGGAGGAAAAGUCUAAGAAACCGAAGAAAUCUCCAACAACGUACAUAGCCACAGAACAUGAAGACAAAGAUAACGAUGUCGUUGCGUUGGUUAGGGAGGACUUAGAGCAAACUAUUGAGAGCGGUUUAGAGAAGCCUUCAGAAUCACUUCAAUUUACCAUUAGUGUUGAAGAAGAACCUGUUGGUGAAGAACAAAAACAACCUAAGCCGAAAAAGAUAACCAAGCCAAAGUCGAUCAAGCAGCCUUCUGUAGAUCAAAGCCUAGACUAUCUUGUUAGGGUGGUAGCUGAAGAAAGCAUACAAGAUGAACCAAUCCCUGAAGAUGAUGUGGUAUCUGAAGCUGCAGAAGAUAAACCUUCUGAAGAACCAACUUUCCAAGUAGAAGAAAUCGAAACCGAAGCGGUGGAAAAAGAAGUUACCGACGAUAAGGGAGAAACGACAAAGCAAAGUGUAACCAAAAGAAAAAUCAAAAAGCAAGUUGGCCCCAAGGAAGAAAUUAUUGAAAUUGUAGAGACGAAGACAGGUGAUACUCCAGAGUACGAAGUAAUUGUAACUACCGAAGAGGUUCAAGAAACUAGCGAAGAAGCUCCAGAAGAGAUAAAACCGAAAACGGUCCGCAAAGCUAAAAAGAUUCCAAAGGAUGAUCUUCAGGAUUAUAUUCAGAAGCUUAUUGAGCAAGAUAUUCCAAAAACCGAACUGGAAAAAUAUGAAAAAAUUGACUUAGACGAGCCCGUAAAAAUGAAAAGAAAGCUCAUCAAAAAGGUCAAGCAAUCUGAAGAACAACCAACAAAAGAAACUGAAGAGCCAUUGGAGGAUAAAUCUGUUGUGAAGAUUUCUGAAUAUCCUGAAGUUGCCAGUGACGAACAAAAGCUAACGAUUGUUCUUAAGGAAUUUGUUCCACAAAAGUCAGAAGAAAAUCCUUUCGAAAUAGUAGUACUUGAAGAAACGGUAGAAACCAAUCAGGAGCCAGAUGAAGAUGGAAUCGUAAGAGAAAAGGUGGUUAAGACUAAAAAGAUAAAGCAGAAUAGAGGUUCAGUAGAAAUGGUUCAUGACAUAGUCGAGGAAGUCGAUAAGGAUUCAAACGAAUCUGCAAUAACAGUCACGACAACCGUUCCAAAGGAAACACCUGAUCAGGAACAACCGUCAGUAAAACAAAAACGUACAAAGAGGAUUAAGAAAGAAGAAGUUGAAGACUUUAUCAAACGAGUUAUUGAGGAGGAGGCACAGCCACAGCCAAAUGAGCACGUGGACGUAGUGGCUAUCGAUGAUUUCGUUCCCAAACCAAGUUCUGAGAAGAGGAAAAAGAAGACAAUAAAAGAAAAGCAAUCUUCCAUUGAGGAAAAAACGCCUCACCAGGAUAAAGUUAUAUUCACUGAGUCUGUUCCAGAGGGCUCUCCAGUUAGUGAUGAUCUUAUAACUGUGGUGGAUUCAGUACCAAUCGCAGAAGAACCAGAAAAACAAGUAAAUCAAAAUGAAGACACUAGGAAACCCGAGAAGACAAAAAAACCAAAGUCUUUAGCUACAAAACACACGGAAAACCUACUAGAGGACACUCUUGAAAAGCCUUUGGAGGUUUUACAGAAGGAUUCUGAGCCGGAAAAACCAGAUGUUCAGGAAUUCAUUGUUUCUAUUAAGGAAGACAAACAAAAGCGUAGUCAACCAGAAACGAAGAAAACUCCCAAAAUAACAACCGAACCCCCAAAACAGCCUUUAACGGAACAAUACGAAAUUUCAAUAAAGGAACAGGUGCUGGAACCGGAAGAAGAAAGGCCGUUUACAGUUCAGAUAAUUCAAAGCGAAACAAACGUAGAAGAAACCAAAGAUGACACUGGAAAAGUGCAUAAGCAAGUUACUACAAAACGAAAGUUGCGACGACCUGACGGUGAAAGUGAAAUAGAGAUUAUUGAAGUUGUUAGGGAUGAUCAGCCUGAGGCGGAAAUAACUAUUGUAGAGUAUGAGCCAGAGCAUGUAAGCCAGAACGAAAAACCCAAAGAACCUAAAAAGAAAACGAGAAAGGUUAAAAAGGAUGACAUACAUGACUACAUACAAAAGUUAAUUGACUUGGAAACACCAAAGACGGAGCUUGAAAGGUAUGAGAAAAUCGAAUUCGAACCAGUGGUCAAGGAUAAACCAUUGGAUAGCCUGAUUGACGUUGUGGAGGAAGCUCCCAUUGAAGUGCCGAAAAAACAUAAAAAGCCGAAGUCCAAAGAAAUUCCGAUAGAGGAAUCUUCUGUUCCGGAUCAAUAUGCAAAGGUCAAAGUGGUCGAAGAAGAAGCUCCUGACCAACCGGAACUACCAGUCCAAAUUCUAGAAGUUCAGCCAGUAGAGGUAGAUGUUAAAGAGGUUAUAACUGAAGCUGGCAAGCCGGUUAGUGAAAAGACUACUAAGCGAGUUUUGAAGAAGGUGGGACCCGAGGAACAAACAACUUUCAAGAUUACAACGAUUGAAAGCGAGGAUAAUGAUUCGGUUACAGUUAUUGUUGACGAAGAACCAGAAAUAGUUUCCCCACAGUCUACCGAAGAACAUCCAGAACAGCCUGAAGAAAAACUAGCGCCAAAACCCAAAAAAACUGUAAGAAAGGUUAAAAAGGACGACUUACACGAAUACGUAAAGAAACUAAUAGAAGAAGAAAUUCCUAAGGUGGAACUUGAAAAAUAUGAAAAGGUAGAUAUGCCAGAAAAACCAGUAAAACAAGCUCCUUCUGAAUCUAUUACGGAAGACGCAACACCUGAACAAUCCCAACCAAUAUCAAUAGCACACGACACAACGAAACCCAAGAAAACUAAAACGCAUAAGCCAAAGACAGAAGACGCAGACCAGCAAGUACCGGACGAACCGACAGAGACCACAGUAGACACCACUGAAAUACCAGAGUUUACACCAACCCAAAUUGCACAGCCUGAGGACACAGCCACUGCACAAAUUACACCAAGCGAACAAGAAGAGAAAUCUACUCAAGAUGACACUAAAGAUACAAUUCAAAAAACAGUUAAACAUAAAAAAACAAAACCAGACACACAAAAAAGCGUUGAAACAAGUGAACUACCAGAGGUUCAAAAAGACUAUCAAAUUAGCAUCAUUCACGAAGAGCCUGUCGAGGAAGACCAGCCAGAAAAGAUUUUGGAGGUUAGAGUUAUCGAUGAAGUCGCCGAGGUGGAAGAAUCACAGCCCAUUGUGGAAGAGGUUGAAGAGGAGGAACCGCAGCCAGCUAUAGAAGAAACUGUUGAGGACGUCACGAAACCUAAGUCUAAAAAGAAGAAGGUAGUUAAAAAGAAAACCGAUGACCAUGACGAACUCAUCAAAAAGAUGCUGGAGCAGGAAAUAGAGAAGACUGAACUGGAGAAAUACGAGAAAAUUGAAUUUGAUGUUCCCAAGAAACUCAAACCGGAAUUCGCCGCUCUUGAACCAAUAAAAAUUGAGCGCAAAGAGCAGAAGCCAACAAAGGUGACAAUUCUCGAUGCCACUGAUGUUCCUAAAACGGUGAAGCUAAAACCAAGUAAACGUAAGGAGAAACCUGCCGAGGAACUGACUGUUCAACUUCCAAAGUUCAGACUUAAGGCCCGUAUGGUCUGGGUUGACUUCCCUCCAGCUCCCCUAAUUCCGAAAACCACUGAUAUUGGGGCCAUUAAGGACAAUGGAGAACUGUCUCGUAACAUCGAAGAGGCUGAAGAAGUUCUAAAGUUCAAGCCGCAUAAGACUAAGAAAAUUAAGAAAAUCAAGGAUGAUUUAGAAAAGGUCGAGCUCGAAAAGUACGAGAAAUACAUAAGUAGCGAGGAAGAACCAGAGGAAAAGACCCCUUAUAAGAAACCUGAAAAGGUACCAAGACCAGAGGAAAAACAAGAGGAUGUAAAGCUUAAGCUGGGCAAGGGUAAGAAAAAGCCAAUGGAGGAAAACGCGCCCGAAAAUGUUACUCUCAAAAACAUUCCGCAAAAGCCGCAGGAAGUUGAGGAAGAAGUGGAACUUAAACAGAAACCUAAAAAGGUUGAUAUUGUUGAGGAACAAACCAGGAAGCCCAAGGAAGGGGAAUUCGUUGUGGAGCCAUUUGAACCAUCUGAAUUUGACCGUCCUGAGUACGUACCCGAUGAACUUGAGCCGAUCGAACAUCCAGAGAUGCCCGAGAAAGUCAAGAAGCCGUCUAAGACUAAGUACAAGCCUAAAGAUAAGUCUAAGCCAGAGCCGGAAACCAUUAUAUCGGAGAUUGUUGCUGGGGUUCCAAAGGAGGAAGAGGUAAUACCCAAACCGGAUGUAAAGUUCCGUAAGCCUGAGAAAGACGCUCCAGAAGAGACUGACUCUGAAAUUAAGCUACGGCCUGUACCUCAGGCUCCCAAGUCUGAAGAACCUAGCGAACAAGCGGUUGUGAAACCCAAGGCAGAGGAACCCCUUUCCGAAGAAACCAAAGAUAAGACCGUUGAUGACGAAAAGAAACCAAAGAAAUCUAAGGCCAAAAAGGUUCAGCCAAAGGAGGAGGAGAUUGCCACGCAAGAACCCGAACAAUUUGAGGUAUCGGUGAAAGAGUCGGAAACUGUAGUUGAAAAACCCGCUGAAACCGAAAAGCCAAAAGAAGUUAAGGUGAAAGAGAAGAAACCCAAGGAAGCACCUGUGUCCGAAGUAGUAGUUUUGGAAGAAGAGCCUAAGCCAGAAGAAGUACCUGAGGAAAUACCUGUGGAGUACAAGAUAACAACUACAGUCUUGGAGCCAGAGGAUGCACCCAAGGAACAUCAAGUCAAAGUCAUUGAUUUUGAUGAGCGUCAAGAAACUACCGAGGAGGUAAUUGAAGAAAAGGUCGUGACGCGCAAGAAGAAACCAAAACCACAGCAACCUGAAGAGUUUGAGGUCACCUUAAAAGAGCCAAAAGAAGAAUCUGUACAACCGGAGGUAGUUUCAGCUGAAAUCCCUUUGCCAAUUGAGCAACCCGAACCGAAGCCAGAACAGUAUGAAGUUGAAGUUAAAAUAACUGAAACUUUACCAGAAGAGCCCGAUAAUGUGCAAAUCGCAGUCAAAGAAAAGGUCAAAGCAAAGCCUGUUAAGGAAGUCAAAGAGGAUCAAAUUGUCGUGGUUGAGGAAGAAGAACAGAAGCAAGUAGUUGAGGACACGGUCGAGGAGGUUGAAAAGCAGGAAGAAAAGAAGAAGUCAAAGAAACCGAAAUCAUACGAGUUCAAAAUUUCUGAAACCCAAUCUAUUGAGGAAAAGCCAAUAGAAGUGGUUGAAGAAACUCCUGAGGAAACACCGAAGGUUGUAGAGAAAAAGGUUGCCGAGAAAUUCGAUUCCUACGAAUUCACUCUGAAGGAAACUGAUGCGGAUAAGGUAAUCGUAGUGGACGAUAUGCCCGAGGAUGAAACCCCUGUAGAGGUUGUAUUAAAGAAAAAACCCAAGGAACCUGAAGCAGUCGAGGCCGAGGUUGUAAUGACCGAACCCAAGGUCGUAGAAGAAACGACUGUGGAAACUGCAAUCAAACAGAAAAAGACGAAAAAAACGAAAAAGAACGAAGAGGAAGCUCAAUUAGAAAUCAAGGUUGUCGAAAGUGAAGCCUCUGUUCCCGAAGAAGUGUUGACUGAAGCUCCUGAGAGUAAGAUUGUAGAGGAGGAAGUUACUGUGGAAGAAAAGCCUAAAGACUUCAGAAUUCGCGUUUCUGAAACAGAAACUAAGCCCGAAGAGGCAAUUGUGGAACAGUUUACAGUUAAAAAACGCAAACCUUCUGUUACUUUCGCCGACGAACCUGCCACUGAAAUCGUUUUCAAGGAGAGCAAGCCCACUGAAGUUGUUACUGAGGACGCUCAUAUAAAGACCAAGAAGCCGAAGAAGAAGGUAAAGGAUGUGGAAGCUGAGGAGCUUAAGAUUCAAAUCACUGAGGAACUUCCACAGGAAAUUCCCAUAGUGGAAGAGGUCUCGGAGGAAGAGGUGAUUACUGAAAUUAAGAAGGCAGCUCCGGCUGUUGAAGAGAAGACAUACAAAAUUGGCAUCAAGGAGACGGAGCCGGAAAAACAUGCAGAUGUAAUUGUCGAGGUGGAGCCAGUGGUAACAGAGCCAGUUGAGGAAGAACCGAAACCAGAAGUUUUCGAGGAACACAAGGUUAGAGUCAUUGAGGAAACACCUAGAGAAUUGGUAGAGGAAGUCAUUGAAGAGGAGGUCAAGGUUAUUCGCAAAAAGAAACCUAAGCCAGAAAUUAAGGAGGAACCCGAGGCGGAAGUUACUGUCUCUGCUCCAAGGCCUGUCGAUGAAGUGGAAGCUACGUCUAGUAUUUCUGUUAUUCCAGAACAACCUACUGAGGAUGAGGCCGCUGAUCUUAAGAUAACAAUAAUUGAAGAAGAAACACCACCACAAGAACUUGUCCAAGAAAUUGAAGAAAUUGAAAUUGUCGAGGAACCAAAGGCUCUUGAAGAACAACCUACGGAUUUCGAUUUCGUCACGAGGGAUUCCGAAAAGGAACCGACUGUGGAAGAGCUGCCCGAGGAACAAGUCACGAUCCAGAAAAAGAAAAAGGCGCCAGUACCAGAAGUAGUCGAAGAACCCGAAGCUGAGUUUUUGGUUAAGCCAAAGACGCCUGUACAAGAAGUUACUGAAGAGGCUAAGAUAACGAAGAAGACUAAGAAACCAGUAAAGGAAGAAGAGGCCGCAGCAGAGCUUAAAGUAACUAUCACUGAAGAAGUUCCCGCUGAACCAGAGGUUCAAAAAAUUAUGGAGGAAAUCGGAGAGAUCGUGGAAGAAAAACCUACAGAGUAUGAAAUUGAAGUUAAGGAAAGUAAACCAGAAGCUGUAGAAGAAAAGGAAGUUACCUUACCGAAAAAGAAACAGAAGGCUCCAGUGGUUGAAGAGCCAGAAGCUGAAGUAACUCUAAAACCAAAGGCAAAGACGGAAGAAGUUCAGGAAGAAGCGAAGAUAGUAAAGAAAAAGCCAAAGAAAAAUGUCGAAGAAGCAGUAGCCGAAGAGCUUACAGUCAAGGUUGAAGAAGAGGUUAUUCCAGAACCGAUUGUGGAAGAAGAAGUGAUAGAAGAAAUCCAGAUCAAAAAGAAGCCAGUAAAGCCGGAGCCAGAGGACAUUGUAGAUGCUGCGGUUGUGAAACUAAAGAAACCGAAACCAGUAGAUGCUGAAGAAGUUGUGGCUGAAGUUACUCUUAAGCCAAAGGCUGAAAAGGAGGUUAAAGAGGAAGAAUAUUCCGUUGAUGUUAAGCUUCCAAAGGAAAAGAAGAUUACAGAGGAAACUUCUGACCAAACUGUACAGCUCAAGAAAAAGAAGAAGCCGCAGAAAACGGUGGAAGAGGCUGCGGAUGAGCUUAAGCUACAGCAAACUGUUGUCGAAGAAAGACCUGUGGAAAUUGAAGAAGAAGAGAUCGUGGAAGAAGCAGUCAUCAUUCGCAAGAAGCCAAAUAAGCCUUUCGAGCCGACGGUUGAAGAUCUCGAAGAAACAGAGUUCAGUCUCUCCUUUAAAAAGCCCCAUACCAUUAAUGAGGGUGUGGAAGAGGCUGCCACAGUUCUCAAAAAACGACCAGUCAAACCCACUACUCUGGAUGAAGCUGCAGCUGAACUUUCUAUCAAGCGUCAGGAAGAAGAAUACGACGAGGGCGACGAUAUCGAAGAGUUUGUCGUCAGCCAGCAAAGAAAGCCAAAGCCUUUGCAAAUCACAGAAGAAGAUGAGGAGGCCUACACAGUGAAGAAACUUAAGCGUCGAAAGCAAGUAGACAUUCCCGAAUACGCGGACGUUGAGAACGUCACAUUCCGUGCGAGAAGUACCAAGACCAAGGAAGAUGUCGAUCAAGAGUUCAACAUUGCCCUGGACUCAUAUGCCGAGGAGGAAAUUUCCAUGUCUGGAAAGGUGAAGUUAAAGAAGCCUAUUAAGAAGACCUUCUCCGAAGCAGCCGAUGAAGCCAAAAUAAAGAUCAUUCAGGACUUUGACGACGGUGAAGAACCCAUUAUCGAAGAAAUUCGAGACGAUGAGGAUACCAUCGAUGAAGUCGAGGAGCCAGAAGAAUACUUUGUUGAGGAAUUGCCACCAGACGAGGUGGAUUUCAAGCUUAAGCCAAAGAAGCACUCGAAACCAGCCUAUUCUGUUCAAGAUGAAGAGGAAGAACAAUUCCUAAUUGGCAUUCGUCAUCCCAAACGCGAUUCGAUCACAUACGACGAGGAUUCUCUUACCUUUAAGAAGAAGCGUAAGGUUGUGCAACAACUUUUCAAUGAAGAUGGAGCUUCGCUUAAUAUUACCAGAGAAAUGAAUGUUGAAGAAUCCGAGAAUCUCAAUGUUAUGUACUCGAUCUGCAACUAUAUUGCCGACAACAACGAGGCUAUAAACCUAGUCGAGGGUGAGAAGGUUACGGUCGUUGGCCGUCACAGCUCAGAGUGGUGGUACGUGAAGAAAAGCAUUACGGAAGAGGAAGGCUGGGUUCCAGCUCAAUAUCUGAUGGAACCCGAGGAAUACGCGCAGUAUGUGCAAAAUAAACUGCACGAGAAAAUCGAUAAGCUGCCUGUAUUUGAACGUCCUGGACCAGAAGACAAGCCUAUUGCCCCAAGAUUUAUUGAAAAGCUGCAACCGAUUCACACUCCUGACGGCUACACGGUGCAAUUCGAGUGUAAGGUGGAGGGCAAUCCACGACCCCAGAUUGCCUGGUUCCGCGAAACUGCUAUUAUCAAACCCUCUCAAGACUUCCAAAUGUUCUAUGAUGAUGACAAUGUUGCAACCUUGAUCAUUCGCGAGGUGUUCCCCGAGGAUGCCGGCCAAUUCACAGUUGUGGCAAAGAAUGCUGCUGGUUUCACAUCCAGCACAACGGAACUAAUUGUUGAAAGUCCACUAUCUGAUCACGGCUCUGAUGCCACAGCUCUUUCACGUCGCAGCAUGUCUCGUGAAUCCUCGCUAGCCGACAUAUUGGAGGGCAUUCCACCAACUUUCUCCAAGAAACCCAAGGCUCAAUAUGUGAACGAGAAUACAAAUGUGAUUCUUGAGUGCCGACUGGUGGCCGUGCCUGAACCCGAUAUUGUCUGGACCUUCAAUGGCGAAGACAUUGAUGAGGAAGAGAUUAAAAACAUUCGCAUCGUUACCGAAUCCGACAUGCACAUGUACUGCAGUGUGGUGCACAUCUCAAAGGUUAAGAAAUCGCAGGAAGGUACCUACGAGGUUAUUGCAACCAAUCGCGAGGGCGAGGCUCGUCUGCCAAUCACCCUCAAGGUGCGCACCACCGACAAGGAGGCUCCGCAAAUCCUGGAGCCCUUGCGCAACAUGGUUAUACGCGAAGGCGAGAGUGUCGUACUUUCUACGCAAAUUGUAGGUAAUCCACCGCCAAAGGUAACCUGGUAUAAGGAUGGCAAGCCUGUUAAGAACGCCAAGUCCGACAAGGAUUUGCAUACCCUAACAUUAAUUACACCACAAAAGUCUGAGAAGGGUGAAUACACGGUAAAGGCUGUGAACCCCUUGGGUAGCGCGGAGACCACUGCUAAUCUAACAAUUGAAGAGCUUGCUGGCGGUAAUGCUGAGCCACCACUUUUUGUAGAACGCUUUGAGGAGCAGAAUGUUCCGCAAAAGGGCGAAAUUCACUUGCCAGCCAAGGUUUCUGGUAACCCGGUGCCUGAGGUUCAAUGGCUGUUUAACAACACGCCAUUGUUCCCCAGCGACCGCAUCCAGCAGGUUUACGAUGGCGAGAACAUCGAGCUUAUCAUCAAGGAUGCCAAUCCAGAAACCGAUUCUGGUGACUACAAAUGUAUUGCAAGUAAUCCCAUUGGCAAAACUUCACACGGUGCCCGUGUGAUUGUCGAGGUUGAUGAAGUGACGUUUACAAAGAAGCUUAAGAAGACCAUCACCAUUGAAGAGGUACAAUCUCUUACCCUGGAGUGUGAGACCUCUCACGUAGUCACCACCAAGUGGUUCUUCAACGGCAAGGAACUCAGUGGAAUGGAUCAUCGCGUCGUGGUUGAGGAUGGCAAGACUCACAAGUUGGUAAUCAGAAACACGAAUCUACGUGACUCUGGAACCUAUACAUGCAAGGUUAAGAAGCAAGAAACUCAAUCGACUGUCGAUGUGCUGCAACGUAAGCCGGACUUUAUCAAGGUUCUCGAGGAUUACGAGGUAACCGAAAAGGAUACCGCCAUUUUAGAUGUGGAGCUUACUACCGAGGCGACCGAAGUCACUUGGUACAAGGACGGCGAGAAGAUCACUCCAGAAAACAAGAACGUCGAGUUUAUCAAGGAUGGAAAGGCUCGUCGCCUGGUUAUCCGCGAUGCCACCAUCCACGACGAGGGUCAGUACACAUGCAAGAUCGAGGGACAGGAGUGUAGCUGUGAGCUAGUUGUAAUCGAGCUACCACCUGAAAUUGUGAAGCCACUGAAUGACGUUGCAGUGACCAAGAGCGAGAAUGCUAUUUUCGAAGUCGAACUUAGCAAGGGCGAUGCCCUUGUCAAAUGGUUCAAGAACGGAAAGGAAAUUGAUUUCAAUGAGCGCAUUCAAUUGGCCAUCGAUGGCAAGAAACAAUCCCUGCGCAUUGUCAAGGCCAAGCCCGAAGAUGUGGGUGAAUACUCCGUUCAGGUGGGCGAUCAGACGUCAAAGGCAAAUUUGACAGUAGAGGAGCCCCUCGUAGACUUUGUCAUCCGCCUGCCAGAUAUUACGCUGGCCACCAAGACAACAGAUGCCGAGUUCACGGUGCAGCUGUCGCAGCCCGAUGUCGAGGUCACCUGGUGCAAGAAGAGCAAACCAAUCAAGCCCAACCAGAAGCACGAGGUAUUCGUUGAGGGCACUGUCCGACGACUUGUCAUCCAUGAUGCCAGCGACGAAGAUGGCGGAGAGAUCAGCUGCGUUGCAGAGAACGUCACAAGCAGCACGAAGCUGUGCGUCGAGGAGCUCAAACUGCCACCCGUCAUUACCUCUGACAAGGAUCAGACCAUCAAGGUUAAGGAGAACGACGACGUGACCUUCUCUGUGAAGUACACAGGCGUGCCAACGCCUGAGGCCUGCUGGACCACGCGCAAGGUUGUCAUACCCAAUUCAAAAAGGACAAUCCCGACCAUCGAUGAGCAGUCAGCCACGCUAACCAUUAAAAAGAUUGUUGACGAUGACGAGGGCGAAUACACCGUCAAGCUUGUCAACCCGGUGGGCGAGGCAGAGGCCAGCCUCCAUUUGGUCAUUAUGCGCAAGCCAACUGCGCCUGGUACACCUCAACCCCUCGAGAUAAUGCAUGACUCUAUUACGCUCUACUGGAAGGCGCCAGAGGAUGAUGGCAAGUCGGAGAUUAUUGAGUACAUUUUAGAGUAUCACGAUGUUAAGGAAGAAAAAUGGACUGAAAUUAGAAAGAUCAAGGACACCACCUACACCAUAAGCAAGCUAAAGAUCGACACGGAAUACGUGUUCCGUUCGAUUGCUGUGAACGAAGUGGGGCCAUCGCCACCAUCGCCGCUUUCGCCGCCUAUCCGACUGGUGCCCAAGGUUGAGACCAAGGCGCCCAGCGUGCAAGAACCACUACAGGAUGUGGUUAGCGAACUGGAAAAGGAGGUGACACUGUCCUGUGUGUUCGGCGGCAUUCCAGAGCCAAAGGUGACGUGGAAGAAGAACGGUCAGGUGUUUGAAUCGAGCAGCAUACGCUACGAAAAUCGCGUGGCCAAGUACACCAUUGAAAAGACAACCAUUGAGACUGAAGCCACAUACACGUGCGUGGCGACCAAUGAGAAGGGCUCCGCGGAGACCUCGUGUCGCCUGAAACUGCAGGAGAAACCGGUUCUCGAGGUGGAGGACAAGUACUUGACGCAGAAGCUGCGCACGGGCAGCACUCUCACCAUUCCAGCGACGGUCCGCGGCUAUCCACAGCCCACUGUGACGUGGCACAAAGAGACGAUCGAGCAGAAGACCACCAAGUCGGUAACCAUUGAGACCACGGAGACUACUUCCACCUACACGGUUAAGAAGGUGACUCGCGAGCAAUCCGGCAAGUACAAGGUGACGGCCACCAAUGAGUCGGGCACUACGUACGUAGAGUGCACUGUUCAGGUGAUCGACAAACCCAGCAGACCCCAAUCUCUGGAGAUCAAGGACAUUAAAAAAGACUCCAUUGUCCUGGAGUGGACACCACCUGUCGAUGAUGGAGGUCUGGAGAUUGAGAAGUAUACGCUGGAGAAGUGCGACGUUCAAAAUAAUGUUUGGAUGAAGGUAUCCGACUUUAACAAAGACAUCAAAUCGUAUGCUGUUCAAAAACUUUCGAUGAACGCGCAAUACAUGUUCCGUGUGGUGGCCGCUAAUCCUAUUGGCGAGUCUGAGCCAACGGAAAGUGAUCCAGUGACUAUAACCAAAAAAUUCGAAAAACCAUCGCCUCCUCGUGGACCUACCACAGUGUCGGGUAUGAACGACACGUCCUUCAAUUUGGCUUGGGAGCCAUCGGAAACAGACGGCGGUUCAAAGAUCAUAGAGUACAUUGUGGAAAUAAGGGAAGAGACUGAAACCACCUAUCGAUCGGUGGGCGUAACCCUGGGCACAGUGACCAAUAUCCACGUACAGAAGGUGGUCAGAAACAAGGGGUACCUGUUCCGCAUAUAUGCGAGAAACGAGGUUGGCACCAGCGAGGCGUUUGAGACCACGGAGAAGAUUGUCAUGGGCCGCAAAAUUACGCCGCCAUCGCCCCCUCAGAACUUGAGGGCCCCAGAUGUCACGAGUCGAAGUGUCACAUUGGAUUGGGAGGUGCCAGCCCGCAACGGUGGAUCAGAGAUCACGGGCUAUUGCGUGGAAAAACGUUCCUCAACAUCUACAAACUGGACGAAGGUCAUUACACUGGAUGCUCACCAGCUGCACUACACGAUUGACAACCUGAAGGAGAAGUGCGAGUACUGGUUCCGUGUGUCAGCGGAGAAUGAGGUUGGAUUAGGUGCACCAGCCGUCACCGAGAGCAUAUCGCUCAAGACACAUGCUACCGUACCCUCACCACCCACCGGUCCACUGGAGGCGCGCGUUCUCGCCGCCAAUGCCCACAUAUUCGAAUGGGGUUUACCCGAGUCAGAUGGAGGUGCGCCUCUGCUCGGCUACCACAUUGCUAUACGGGACAUGAAGAAGACCAUGUGGAUCGAGGUGGGUCGUGUGCCAGCUGGCGUGCAGAAGUUCCAGAUCAGAGACCUGCAGGAGAAUCACGAGUACAUGAUUCGCAUAUUCGCUAAGAACGAGAUUGGUCUAAGUGAACCUCUGGAAUCGGAGGAGCCCUACAAGGCUAUGACUGCUGGUCAUGAGAUCUUGCCGGACGAGCCACGCACGGAGAUGAGUUCGUGCAACACCUCCUCGUGGCUGCGUGACCACCACAUGGAUGCGGAUAUCCAUUCGUAUGCCCGCGGCAGGCUGCUUCAACGCGAUGAGUACUUCUUCCGGCUGUGGGCGGACUUGCCCAAGAGCAAAAAGAAGAAGAGCUCCAAAUAGUCGAUGAACGACAACGAAAAAAGAAACACUUUAGACGUAGGUUAAGCGUAUUUCAAUUGUAUUUUAUAUAACAACAACGCAAUGGGGAGAACCCCCUUGAUUUUCUAGCUUUUUGUACUUUAGUAGAGAUGACGAAAUGUGAGGAUGGUGUAAUGUAAUGUGGCAUCCCAUUGAUAGCGAUGCCCACGACCCCCGAUCAAAGAGUGCGAGCGAAGAAUAAACUUAAUGCUCGGGUGCGUGGGCGUGGCUCAAUGUUUUUGGAUGGCCAUUACGCCAUUCAAUUAACGGACAUAAUUUUAGAUUUUUCAUUUGCAUAGCGUUCAUUUUUGGUUAUAUAUUGUUUUACUUGUGCCUUAUUUUUGUAAGCUGUGAUAAAUCUAUCAAAAUCGAAAGCGUCAAACGAAGCAACAAAACAUUAAACUGAAUAAAAAUGCCACCAAGCGCCAAUCCAUCGGCAUCGGGCAACGGGAGCCAACGAGCCACAACCCUCCAAACACCCAAUGGCAUCUCCAUCCCAGCCAGUGUAACUCAAUAUCCUCUCGGGAGACAAAACAACAAAUGGUGCAAUUCGAUAUGAGUUAUUCCUGGGAAGUGUGUUGCGAGUCGCUGGCUGCCGUUGCCUUUGUCCUGGACUCGCCUUGGUUUAAAUUUAUGGCAUAGGAAUAUGAGAGGGAAUAUACUCGUGUGUCCUUAAAGUUACCAGAGCUAAAUAAAUAAAUUGUAUAAAAUAUAA